AUGGACGGGUUUGACUACGUCCGUCACGGCGAGGAGCCGUACAUGCAGUUCACAAGUUUGAAACUGCGAAGUUACCUUCCGCACGAGAUCGAGAAGCUCAGCGUGUUGCGGAUCACUCAGACCAAGACUUUUGAUGAUGUAAAUUAUAUAAAUUUUUUUCAGAUAUUGUUUGAAAAAAAUUGAAAUUUGAGAGGUUCCAUUAUUUUUCUAGACCUUCUAAACAAGUCAUUUAUCUAUAUUUUCAUUGAUUUUGAUUUUAUUUUUGAAGUUUUCAUUAUAAAAAAGUUUUUCUUGUAGUUUUUAAAUAAGAAUUUCAUGAUUUCAUACAUAAAACAACUCAGGAAUUUUUUUCAAAUUCACAGCCUAAAUUUUAUUAUUUCAAGUUUGAGGCUCUUGAGAAGGAAAUAAUUAACUUUAAUUGUCAUUUUGAGCUUUUUAUAAUUCUAUGUAAAAAUUAAUGAACAAAAAAACGAAAGAAAGUGAAUUUCCAUCGAUUUGAAGGGUCAGAGAAGCUUUAUCAAGUGAAAAUCGUCAAAAUUUUUGGUUUUUUUAAUUUGAAAUUCAUUAAAUUUUAGCUUUUUAUCGGGUCAAAACUUUUUGAAAUUUGGAAUUUUAAGUUCAAAUUUAUUAAGGUUGUGCUUCUUAAGUAGUUCUUAUUCCUUAAAUUUGGGCUUUUAAGUGUAAAUUUCUGGGAUUUGAUCCUUCUAUCAAGUUAAAACUUAGCAAAUUUCGGCCUCAGAGUUGAAAAUUCUGAAUUGUAGGCUUUUUAUCAAGGUAAAACUUUGCAAUUUUCGGCCUCUUAGUUAAAAUUUCUGGGAUUUGGACUUUUUAUCAAGUAAAAUUUGUAAAAAUUCGAACAAAAUCUCUAGAAAUUUAAAAAAAUUUAAAAACAAAUUCAGAUCGGGCAUCCGAUUCGCGGCGGGUUGUACGAUCCUUUAUUGGGUCCGGGAGAGUCUCGGGACCGUUGUGAUACCUGUAAUCAGUAUGAAGUUCAUUGUCCAGGUAAUCUUCUCGAUUUUUAAAGGAGCAUGGGUGGAAGGUCUUGAAGCGAUUAUUUUGAAAAAUACGAAAGUUUUGCAGCUAAAAAAAGCCUAGGAAGGUUAUUUGAACUUACUGAAUACACUGAAAAAAACGUUCUUUUCGUUCAAAAAUGAGUAAAAAUGCAGGUUUUGACCCAAGUACCCACUAUAGGGGUUUUCCGAGCCCCUAAAGCUCAAGUGGUUGCUAUAGGGUCUUUUGAAUAAUCUUCCCGUAGAGCUGAUAACUAUAAUCGACUGGAAUGCCCCUAGAGGGGUCACUUUCGCAAGCUUUGGUUUUUCUCUAAGGUAGCCUUUAUAGUGACCACUCUAUAGUUUUUAAGAAAAUUAAGGCUUUAUUAACUAUUUAAAGCGUAAAAGUCAUCAUUUUGAUCAAGUUAACAAAAAAAAAAAAUCAAAUUGACAAAAAAGGGAUAAAUUUUCAGGUCACAUGGGCCACAUCCGACUCGACGUCCCCGUCUUCAACCCCUUGCUUUUUCCAGUUCACUUAUAAUGUAAUUUAUUAUACCGUUUUUUCAGAUUGAUUUUUAAAAUUGACGCGUUAGGGUCUCAAAAAAAGAAAAAGUUGGGUCUCACAACGAAAUAUCGCAAAUCCGUUGAAAAAAAUGUCUAAAUAAUACUAAAAUCUCGAGUUUUUCGACGUAAAAAGUCGCUUUUCCAUUUUUUUUUUUAACCGAAUUUUUUUAAACACUUUCUAAAAUUCCAACGCAUCGAUUCCGAAAUAACUAUCAAGAUGAAUGUUUUUUGAUAAAUAUUUUUUGAAGCAGUAAACUCGAAUAAUUUCCAAUUUUGCAGCUUUUGAAAGGCUCCUGCGUACAUUGUCAUCGUUUCAUGUGCAAGGCCGACAGUCUUUCCGCCAAAAUUUUGCUCACUCAAUUGAGGUUUUUUUUCUUGAUUUUGAGCUUGUAAAAAAUCUGUCAUAAAAGGGUAGAGAGAAUUUUGAAAGAUUUUUCAGUUUUGAGUUGGUUUUUCUUAUUGAUUUUAGUCACGAAAAUAAGGUUUGAACGAUUUUUGGCUGGUUUAUAGAUUUUCUAGUUCUUUUUGAAGUUUAAUUUUGAUUGGACCUUGUAAUUUUUUUAAUUAUAACUUUUUAGUCUAUGAAUUUUCUGAAGUAAUUAGCUUUUUUUAGUCCAGCAUCUCAUGUAAAAAAAAAUUUUUUUAAAGCAAAAUGGAAGAAAAAUUUGAUAAACGAUAUUUUCAGGCUUUUUGAAGUCAGUUUUUUAUUGAACAUUUUCUUUUUUUCAAUUAUUCAAAUACAUUUUUUUCAAAUACGACGUAAGUCUGAAAAUUUGGAAAAAAAUGUCACGUUUAUUUUUUUGAUUAUCGAUUGACUUUUUCGGCUCAGUCAACAGUUUCCUGUUUCAAGCUUAUUAUUUAUUUUGAAUAUUUUAAGAUUCAAUAGUUUCUUCCUGAACUUCAGUACUCAAAAAUGCGAUAUCUAACUUUUUUUUUGGCCCAUAUUUUUUGAACCUUUUUAUCAAAGAUUAACGUAUAUUUUGGCUUGUUAUAAAGUACGGGCGUUUCAAAAAUGCGAACGGUGGGACUGCCUAUAAAAGACGACCCCUUUUUUGUGCUCCAUGGCAAAUUAAUAAAAUACGGGCGUUUAUUAAUCUUAUUUUUUUGACUCUUGCAGGCUAAUUUUUUUCAAAUUUUAUACUUUUUUUCCGAUCUUUCCUUUAAAAAAACGGUACUACGACGAAAUUGUUAAAUUCAUAACGAUGAGUUUUUUUCCAAUCGCUUGAAAAAAACUUAUAAAGAGUUUCAAAAAAACAUACAGUUCAUAAUUCGGUAACAGGCAAAAAUUGAAUAUGGGACAAAAUAAACCUUGAAAAAAAUGGUUUAUUAAAAGAUACUAUCAGAAAUAAAAAGGGCAGCGCUAUACUUAUUUGAUAGCAAUAGACAAUAAUAAAAAUUAUUCUUUUGAAAUAAGAAUUAUUUUUUUAUUUUUUUGUCUGCUGUUGUCCAAUCAGUAUAGUGCUACCCGUUAUGAAUUCACUAAUUUCGUCGUAGUUCUUUAUUGAAUUGUUUUUUGAAGGAAAGAUCGGAAAAAAUAAAAAAUUUGAAAAAACUAGCCUGCAAGUAUCAAAAAGAUAAGAUUAAGAGACGCCCGAAUUUUAUUAAUUUGUAAUGGAGCACAAAAAAGGGGUCGUAUUUUAUAGGCGGUCCCAGCGGUCGCAUUUUUGAAAAGCCCUUACUUUAUAGCAUGCCAAAAUACACGUUAAUCUUUGAUAAAAUAAGGUUCAAAAAUUAUGGGCCAAAAAAAAAAGUUAGAUAUCGCAUUUUUGAGUACCUAAGUUCAUUAAGAAACUACUGAAUUUUGGAGAGUUUAUCGCCAAAUUCAUAACCCAAAAUAAUUCUGAAAACGGCUUUUUUCUCGAAAUCCUAAGUUUUUCCCACAAAAAUCAUCAAAUGAAGCCCAAAUUUCGAUUUCAGAUGCUUCGAACUUGGCGUUUCUCAAGUGGCGCUCGAUUUGGAAGGAAUUCUCAGGGACCAAAUCGGCAAAGAACUUCAUUGUAAUUUUAAAAAAAUGAAGAAAACCACCAAAAAAAUAUCCCUUCAGUGGGAUCAAUCUCCUUGGAGGAUGAAUUGGAGGGCAUGGCCGAACUGGACAAACACAUCUCCCAGCUGGCCGGCAAGCCGAUCGGCGUCCUCAUGUCGGAAUCCAACCGGGAACUGCCCAGCAAGAACAACGUCGCCCUCAAGAAGCAGAUCAUCCAGCAGUUCUUGAAGGAACAUUUGGUGAGAAUUUAAAAAGGAAAAAGAACAAGGGCAGGCUCAAAAAUUAUCAAAAAUAGAGAUUUUUAGAGCUUCUAAUGGUUUUCUUGUCGUUAUAAAAACAUUUUUUCAACCAAAAGUAAUCAAUUUUUACCUCCUAGAGGAUUGAAAUUCCGAAAAAAAGUACUUUUUGAGGAUAAUCCGACAGGAAAAUGGGAGGAAGACAAAAAAAAGGGGAUGAAACAAGGUCAAAUUUAUAGGAUCAGGUUCAAAAAUCGGGACUUUUAGAGCUUCUAAUGGUUUUCCUUCCGUUAUAAAAACAUAUUUUCAACGCAAAAUGACCAAUUUUUGCCUCCUAGAGUGUUGAAAUUCCGAAAACAGCACUUUUUGAGGAAAAUCUGCUAGAGAAGUUUGAAGAAGACGGGAAAAGGGGAUGAAACAAGGCCAAAUUCAUAGGGUCAGGCUCAAAAAUUAUCAAAAAUAGGGGUUUUUAGAGCUUCUAAUGGUUUUCCUGACGUUAUAAAAAAACAAGUUUUCAACUUAAAAAAAUAACCAAUUUUUUUGUAUAUGAAACUUUGAAAAAAAUAAUAUUUUUUUAUUCCAAAAACCAGUGUUUCGUGGUUAAUAUUCCAUAGAUUUAUCAAGAACUUAAUAUUUCAGAACACAGAAUUUCAAGAAAACAUGGAAGAACUGGUAGAAAAAAAUCGGGAAAAAAAUUAAAAAAAGAUAACGAUGAAUUUUUUUAACUAAUAAUUCAUACAAUUUUUGAUCGAAGUCUAAAAAACAGAGCUUUUUUUGAAGGAAAAAUUCGAAGAGAAAUUAGGGAUAAAUUGCUAAAAAAACGAUAUUUUUUUAAGCAAAUUUUUUUCAGAAAAAAACUUUUUUUCAGAAAGGACUUCAAAAAUAGAAUCUAUAGGAAUAUCGUUUUUGAAAGCGGUUCCAGGGUAGGAACUUUUGUUGAAUGAGGGAGAAUCCAAAAAAGUUCCAAAUUUCUAAGGUCAGUACGAAAAACUCUUCAGUUUUAGAGCACUCAGUGAGUUUCCUGUCGUUAAAAAAUAAAAUUUCCAACCCAACAUAACCAUUUUUCACUUUUAAAAGUUAUAAAGAUCGUUGUUCUUUCCAAAUAAAGCCGUUUUGAAGGAGAACUAGAUGGAAAAAAGAAAAAUCUUAAGUCGAUUUCAUAGGGUCAGUGUAGAAAAUUUGAACACGGCACAAAAAAAGUUCGUCCCUGAUUUUUUUUUAAUUUUUCAAGCUAAAAAUGGCAUAGAAAUGAUAAGGAGUUAUAUAUUUCUCAUUUUUCUAGUUCCGACGUCGUCAGAAGUGUCCCUUGUGCCAAAAUCGGAACGGCAUCCUGCGAAACGACGGCGGCCGUUGUCUUCUCAUCGAUUUCACGUCGACCAACGAACGAAAAGUGAUGGAAAUCUCUGAAAAACCAAUAAAAACGUCAAUUUUUAGAAGAAAAAGUCUUUGAAGUCGACAAAGAGCGAUCCGAGCGACCAGGACGAGAAAAUGGACGACGACAGUGACUCGUCGGACGACGAGGAGAAGAAAAAAGGUGGAAAAAUGGGGAUUUUUUUGGGGUUCGAGUAGCUAUAAAUAACUGAAAAAUGUUCUUAAUCUUGAGAAAUUUCCCUCACAGCACCCGCGGGUGCUACCGUCCAUCAGCCGACACGCAAUUUUUUAGCCCCCCUUUGAGGUCCAGGGGACCGCCCGAAUCGUUGAAAAAAACGCCCGGGUGACGGGUAGUAGCACCCGCAGAGCAUACGUUGACUGGACCUUAUCCCCGGGUGCGGCCUGCCCCCCGCAAACUGCCCCCUCGAAAACAACGGCUUAUUCCAGUACAUUUUACAUUUUCAAAUUUUUUUCGCGUGCUGGGGUGGGAUUCAGCCGAUUUCGUUUUGAAUAAAGGGAAUUUUUCAAAAUUGAAGCCUCGGCGAGCGGUUUGGCUGUGAGCGGAAACGCGACCGACGUCACUAUCGGAACUCUGGCCAUGCAAAUGAGAUCGGUUCAAGCUGGAGAGUGUGAUAAGGUGAUUAAAAUGAACAAGGAUAUUGCAAAAAGAAAAAGCCUCAAGGAUUCCAUGAAAGCUUUUCUAGGAUCUGAAGCACUUUGACUCAAGAAUUGAAAAGGAAAACUUCAUUUUUUAGGCCUUUUAGGAGAGUUAUAACGCUUUAAAGACGCUUGAAAUUGAGGGAAAGUCCAAAAAGCGGCCUUUUCUUGAAAAAUUCCUUUUAGGGGACAAAAUAGACAAUAAUAAGUUCCAGAAAAAAGGGAAUAAAAAGGUUCUUUAAUAUGACAACGGGCCUUGAGGGACUUUCAAGCGCCUUUCAAAUACGAAAUGAGCUUUUGCUCUUCUUUCAAGACCCUUAAAAGGUCCCUUGACUUUGUUCGUGACCUUUUUCAUUUAAAGAGUCCCUUGGACUGUGUUCAAAGCUUUUUUUUCCCUUGAAAGACCCCUUGAACUAAGUCCUAGGUUUUUUUUCCCUUAAAAGGUCCCUUGGACUUAGGAAUUUUGUCCUGAAAAAGAACAAUUUGAAUUUUAUCUGGGCACAGUAUAAAGUACCUUUACUCUUACCUGGUCUUUUUAUUUCCCUCUAAGGGGUCCCUUUAGCUGUUUCGUGUCCUUGACCCCUGUUUUUUUUUUCCCUUGAAAGGUCUCUUGGGCUGUGUCCUAAGUUUUUUUUUCCCUUAAAGGGCCCCUUGGGAUUUGAAAUUUUGUCCUGAAAAAGGAACAUUUGAACUGUUAUUUUUGUACAGUAGAAAGUACCUUUACUCCUAACUGAUCUUCUUUUUCCCUUAAAAGGUCCCUUGGGCUUUUUCGUGACCUUUUUUCUUUUGAAAGGUCUCUUGCACUUUGAAAAUUUGUACUGAAAAAGGUACUGUACAAAUUUUGAGGCGUUUUAGGUAGGAAUAAAGACGAUUUUUUAAUGCUUUUUUUUGAAGAUUUGGGGUCCUUUAAAAUGUUCCUGAGUAAAAUUUCAAGAAAUCCUCAAGCUUCUUCUUUUUGCAAACCCCUUUGUGAAUAUUUUUUUAGAAUAUUGUUUUAAAAUCAACUUUUUAAGCUGGCCUGGAGAGGCGCCGAAGUUCGUGAACAUUUCCGUCUUCUGUUCAAAAAUGACGGUCACUUUGCUUCUGAAGCUUUUUCCCCAUGCUUGUCGAUGACUCGGUUUGUUUUUUUUUCUGGAAUUUUGUUAAAUUAGUUGAAAAAUUCCAUACAAAAUUCAAUAAAGAUUAGAAAAAGUAGGGUUUUUUUCUUCACAGAAAGUGUAAAUCGCAAUUUUUUUCAUUAAAAUAGUUUUUUUCUUUCAGUAGUUUCCCGUUUUUCAAAGAAGUAUAUAUUGUUACCGGGUACAAUUUUUUUCUUAAUCAAUCAAUUUUUUUCCUAAUCAAACAAACUUUUUUUAAUUUUUCUCCUUUUUUUCGGCUGGAAAUUUGUGAAAUAAUCAUGUAAGCUGGAUUUAAAAAAAGAUGUCAGAGAUUGAAAAAAAGACAACAGAAUUUUUGGAGGGUCAGAGAUGAUUUUUGAUUUUCGCGCCCUUUCUAAAAAGUUUUUUUGAAAAUUAUUAUAUGAUGUAUGACCUUUUUUUAAGUGAAAAAAAUCAAAAGAAUAGGUUUUUUUGAGAUUUUUCUAAAUGCUAUUUUUGUAAAAUAAGGUUGAAUUUAAUACAAUUUUUAGGCGAUAAAAAGUUUUUUUAGUAUGUUUAGAAGGCGAACUUUGAAUAUAUAAAAUUAAAUAUGUAUUUUUUUCAGAUUUUUCUGUUUUUUUAUUCGUUUUGGCUGGAAAUUUGUAAAAUAAUCUUCACAAAAAAAUACGAUUUCCAGUGAGAUUAAACUUCAGUUAUAUGAUUUUUAAGAAAAAUUCAUAUAUAUAUAUAUAUAUAUAUAUAUUUUUUUAAUCAAUGGCUUUUUUUAGGAACUUUCUGUUGUUGUUUAAUGUUCUGGCUGAAAAUUGGUAGAAGAAAUAUUAGAUUCCAUCUUUAAAGACCAUAUUUUUCUCUAAUAAAUCAAAAAUAAAGAUUUUUUAGAUUUUUCUGUUCUUUGAUUGUUUUCAAAUUGGGAACUUUCAAUGAGAUCUCAAAAAAAAGUUAUAUAAACCAGAAAUAAAUUAGAAAAAUUGUCCAGAAGACCAACACCGGCGUCUGCCCCCUCGACGGCCUCUUCUGCGAACAAAUUCUGGUUCCUCCGAGGAAAUUCCGGCCGAUUCGCAUGUUCAAGGGACAACAGUACGAAGAUCCGCAAACCCUGAACCUUCGUCGAGUUUUGGAAGCUACGGAAACGAUCAAGGUCUCGGAAAAAGAUGAAAAUAUCAUAGGAAAGACAGAGUGGUCACUAGAGGGGUUAUGGGAGAAAAAAGGCUCUAUAGUGGACGAAAUAGUGCUCCCUAGAGGGCUAAAAUUUAGGUGACCCCUAUAGAGGUUUGGAGGAAAAAAGUCUCGCCUAUAAAAACAUUGUGUGGCCCUCACUUAGGAACUUAAGAGUGGCCCCUACAGAGGUUAAGGAAGAAAAAACAGGCCCUUUAGUGGACAAAAUAGUGCUCCCUUAAGGGGUGUACUUUAGGUGGUCCCUAUAGAGGUUUCGGGGAAAAAGUCUCGCCUAUAAAAAAAUUGUUUGGCCCUCUAGGAACGCUAGAGUGGGCCCUACAGAGGUUAAGGAAGAAAAACAGGCCCUUUAGUGGACAAAAUUGGGGUCCCUAUAGGGGUGAACUUUAGGUGGUCCCUAUAGAGGUUAGGGGAAAAGGUCUCGCCUAACUUUUGAGUUUUUUGAGGUCUUAAGGCCCUCACUUACCAGGAUUCUUAGAGUGGUCCCUAUAGCGGACGAAAUAGUGCUCCCUUAAGGGGUGAACUUUGAGUGGUCCCUAUAGAGGUUUGGGGGGAAAAAGUCUCGCUAAUAAAAAAACGUUUGGCUCUUACCUAGCAACGCCGGAGUGGUCCCUAAAGAGGUUAAGGAAGAAAAAACAGCCCUUUUAGUGGACUCAAUAGGGAUCCCUAUAGGGCUGGAAUUGAGGCAGUCCCUAUAGGAGUUCAAGGCCUGAAGCUUGAGUGGUCCCCAUAGUGGUUUUUCGAUGUUUUGUUCAUAUUUGAAAACUAUGAGGCUUUAUAUAGACCACUAGCAAGCUCUUCUGAAUUGGCCAAACUGAAGCCUCUAAAGGUGGCCACUUUGCAAAGUUUAGGGACCCUGUAGGAGGAAGUAACGUGGUCUCUUAAGGGGAGCCUACAAAAGCCCCGGUGGUUGCCUCUCUAGGGACCACUCGGAAGUUCCUAAAUAAUGCAAGAAGAGAAAAUUCAAAAAUGAACUUGAAAUGCUGCUAAAUGGUUCUUGGUUGAAAAUUGACAAAACUAUAAAAAAAAUUAUGGAAUCGGAAAAAUUAGUUUUCAUGUGAUUCAUUGUCGAAAAUUCAGUCAUUUUUUCAAUUGAAAUGAACUUGAAAACGUUUUUUGACUUUUUGAAUAGUUUUAUCAUGGUUCUCAACUUUGAUUGCUUUUUUGUCAAUCAGUUGAAACGUAUGAUUACCUAGAAAGUGUUUGUCCUGAAAAACGCAAAAUUUGAAACUUUCGGAUUGAAGUUCGAUAUUUGAGGGCUUGAUUUUGAAAAACUGUUUUGAAACUAGAAAAUUUUUUUUUCGAAACCUUGAUUUUGGAAGAAAUCAGGUUUAAAGCUUAAUAUUGGAAGAUUUGAUUUUAAAAAACUUGAAAGUUGAUUUUUCGAGAAAAAAUACGCGUUUUUGAUGACGAUUGUCAGUUUCGAAGCUUAAAAUCGGAAUAACCUCCCCUCUCAGAAUCUUAUUCUUGAUCUGAAACUGAAAAGAACUAUUAAAGGCGAUCGCCCUCGUGAUGAAGGGCGAGAAGAGCGCCGAACUGGCGGCGCUGAUCUCGGACCGGGUCCAGGGCAAGACGAUCAACGCCCAGAUGCACAACGCCUACCUCAACCUACAACUUCGCGUCAACGCCAUUUUCGAUGAAGUUUGUCGGAUUUUUGAAGGCGUAGGGGCAGGAUAAACUCAAAAAAACCAUUUUGAACGAUAAUUAAGUUCACCAAAAGCUUCUAGAACUUAUUGAAGUUAAGAAAAAAAUUGAAAUAGUUCCGAUUUUUUUGUGUUACUGAAUCAUUAGGGGGCUGCAAGUUCAAUAGCUUUUCACUGAAUUUUCUGAACGAUUUCUGAAAUUCUGCUCGCAAAAUUUUCUAUUUUUCGAAAACUUGAAAGUUUUGUGAGUUUUAAUAUGAAUCUUCGGAAGCUCAAAAGAAAGUUCUGCUAUAAAAAAACCUUGGAGGAAUUUUUUUACUGAACGCAAAAAUCCAUUUUUUUCACUCGGAAUUAAAAGGUUUUUUUGAAAUUUUUGAGUGAAUUUUUUUGGAAAUAAAAAGAAAUUUUUCAACCUUAAAAACUUACAAAGGCAAUUUUUUUCACUGCCCAUAUAUGCCUUUUUAAGCUUCAAAUAUUGAUUUUUUUAUCACUUUCUAGGACCUGAACAAAGGCGACAAGGACCACAUUGCGGGUAUCAAGCAGAUUCUGGAGAAAAAACAGGGUCUUUUCCGCAUGCACAUGAUGGGAAAACGUGUCAAUUUCGCUUGCCGGUAAUUUGAAAAAUUUCACAAAAAUUCGAAAAAAUCAAUAAUUUUUAGAUCGGUCAUCACCCCGGACCCCUACCUGGACAUUGAUGAAAUCGGAAUUCCGGACAUUUUCGCCAAAAAACUCACAUUCACGGAACCUGUCAAUGCGAUGAAUCUCAAGGAAAUGAAGGCCUUGAUCCGAAAAGGCCCCAAAGUUCAUCCGGGGUGAGAGAGGGACGGGAAAAUGAUGUGAAAAAAAAUGGAAUAAAAAGAAAGAAAAAAAUUCUCGGAAAAUCAGUUGGAAGGUAUCACAUUAACCCGGAAAGUGAGAAAAUGCGCUCUAUUGAUAACGCGAAAAAUCUGGAGAAAACCCUUGGAAAUUAAGUUUAAAUAUCGAAUUUACUUGAAGAGCGAGAAAUUGAGAAAGUGCGCUCUAUUGAUAAAGUGAAAAAUCAGGAGAAAAACUCAUGGAAAAUAAGUUGAAAACGUCAAAUUCGAUAAAUAAGCGCGAAAUUUAGAAAGUGCGCUCCAUUGAUAACGUGAAAAAUUUAGAGAAAACCCAUGGAAAAUAAGUUGAAAGAGUGGAAUCUACUAGGGAAGUGAUAAAUUGAGAAGUGCGCUCUAUUGAUAACGUGAAAAAUUUCAAGUCAACUCGGACAUUGGUUACGCGAAACGGACGUGCUCCGGAAGUUUCUGUGCAAUUCUAGGAAUCACUUAAGAAUUCUGAGGUUACUAAAUUGAUCACUAGAAAUGCUCAAAAACGCCCGAUUCGCGUUACCAAGGUCCGAGAAGUUUUUGAAAAAUUCUUAAUUCAGACAAGGGAGAAAACGAAGGAAGUCGAACGGAAAAAAAUCGAAAAAAAUGUUUCGUUGAGUAAAUUACAUAAAAAAAUUUUUUUACGGAAAAAAAUUAAUUUAAAAAGUUAUUUCUAAGCCGAGAUUUUUCAUUAGAAAGUGGGAAAUUUGUCUUUGUAGUGACUUAAUUUCAAAAAAAUCUCAAGAUAGGGACUUUGUAAACUGAGAGAGAAGAAACUGGAGGAAUAAAAAUUUUGGAGGACUUCUUGGGAACUUUUUUUCGGACAAAAAAAUUAAUAAAAACUUUUUAAUUUUUCUCUAUUUUUCUCGAAAAUCCAGAAGGAAAUGGUACCAGCCAUUCGUCUUGAUUCAAACAUUUGAGCUCGAUUUUUUUUUUUCUCAGGCUUAAAGAUGAACUAAUUGGCCCAAAAAAGUUGUGAUUGGUUCAAAAUUAAGAAAUUCAAACAUUUUCGCUUCAAAAUGAAUAUAAAAAGAUCCAUUUCAGUGCAAACUUCGUGACGGAGCCCAACGGAAAACGUCAGGUCCUCGGGGAUUCUAACGAAGAACAGCAAGAUCGACGGAAAACCCUGGCCAGGACCCUGAUCCCGGCCAACACGGACAGUCUUCGGUCCACGUCAAAAGGUCCUGAGACAUCUGAAAAACGGAGACAUGGUCAUGAUGAACCGACAGCCGUCUCUGCAUAAGCCGUCCAUCAUGGGGCAUAGGUUUGGACCUUUUUUUGAAUUAAAAAGAGAGGUUUAUGAGGUGGAAAUUGCAGAUAGUUAGGUCAAGCUUUUGUUUUAGGUAUUUUAGGGAAGAUUAAGUGUUUUCUCGUUUUUUUUUUUCGCGAAUGUCCAUACUUUUUCUGUGAGUUUUAAGCUACAGUCGUUACAGACUUUGAAUUUUGAGCUUUUGAUCAAGCUCCGCCCCUAAUGGCGCGAAAAACCACUUAGAGAGCUUUUUCGAAUGACGUCAUCGUAUAGCUGACUAACGGCUGGCUUGAGCCAUCGAAAUAAGGGUCCUGACACGAUAAUGCACGAGAUAGUGCCUGGCUUGUGGAGAGCCCAGACAGGCCACGCCCCUUAGUGUCUCAAGCUGGCCGUUUUUCGCGACUUGAAAUUGUUGCUUUUCUCUGCUCCCUCUCAAGCUCCCGUUCUAUUUUCACGUUUUUCUGACCUUGCCGGUGAGGGAACAGAGAGAAGCAGGCAGGCAGAAUAUCAGACAGGACAAGCCCCCUUAGCUAUCCUUGAACCAGUUAUAGGGGAACUGUAAAGAAAAAAAAGCUGAUAUCCACUUUUUGGUUCAUAAUUCAUUUUUCUGAACUUCCCAACUUGUGAAGAAAUGCUCAAAUAUUUUCUUGUAGAGCCCGAGUUUUGACGGGCCAGCGGGCUCUGCGCAUGAACUACGCCCCUUGCAAGGCUUACAACGCGGAUUUCGACGGAGACGAAAUGAACGGCCAUUUAGUGCAGACCCAUGUCGCCCAGAGUGAAGUUCGAGAAAUCGGUGAGCAUUUGACUAGGAGGCUAUUUGAAGUUGUUGAGAUGAAAAACUGAAAUUCUUAAUUUCGGGAAAAAGUUGCAGCAUGACCAUUGAUCAACAAUAAAAUUCUAUGAGCAAAAGUUUAAAUUAGAUAAAUUUCGGCCAAAGUCCGAAUGAGUAGAAAAUGGUUGAGAAAAGGUCCCUUUUGCAUCUUUAAUAAAAUGAAUUCAUAAUGGCUCCAAAUAGGGGGGAAAAUGGGAGAGAAGUAGAAAUGAAGGUCAAAAGUCCUUUCUUUGGUCUUUGAAUUUUAUGAAGGUCUCGAAGAAAAGUUUUAUUUUUUAUUCGCAAGGGAAGUUCAAAAGGUAGUUUGAGGAAACUUUGCCAGAUCUCAAUUACAGAUCAGUUGAGAUUAAAUUUACAACAUUUUUCGUUUUGAAGGUGUAGAGCUUCAAAGCUGACGAGACCAGAUUCAGAACUAGUUGAUCAAUUUUGAGACCUCAGAUCUCCAAAACGAGAAAAAAAAACUGAAUAAAAACUUUUAUUUAGGAUAUCCUAAAGUUCUGCGCCUUUAAUGACGCCAGUUAAUAUUUUUUCUUUAUUCUUUAAACUCUUCAAAAAGCGACUGCGUACCGAAUUGUUUCAACGUAGAACUGGAGUUUCAGCCAAUGUCGGCAGCAACUUUUUGGUCCCGAAAGACGCGACUCCGCUCCUUGGAUUGAUCCAGGAUCACGUCGUCUCCGGCGUUCUUCUUACUCUUCGCGACAGAUUUUUGAACAAGGUACAAUUAAGGAGAAUAUUUAGAAAGAAAACUAUAUCCAGCAAGAGAGUGAUAAUAAGUUUCCAAACGCAAAAAUUUCAAUGUCAGAAUAGUUUGGGGUUUUCUUCAGGAAGACUUCAUGCACCUUGUUCUGGCCUCCUUCGCCAAAUACUCGAAAAGAAUCGAAAUCCCGCCCCCCACGAUUCUGGUCCCGCAACGUCUUUGGACCGGCAAGCAGGUCAUCUCGACGAUCGUCAAGAACAUCACGCCGCCCGGAAAGCCGAUGAUCAACCUCGACGGCAAGGCCAAGACGCCGCUCUCGUGUUGGGUCGUCGGCGACGGAAAGCCGCCGCCGUUCGACAUGAGCGAGUCCCACGUCAUCUUCAGGUUAGAAAGGAAGAAGUUGAAGAGGGAAUGAUGGGAAAAAUGGAAGAAAAUAAAACUAUAACAAGCGUUCUCCGGAAAAAUCGAUUAGCUGAAAAAAUAUUUUUCCUUAUUUUGGGGCAUAUUGUCACUCAAACCUUCAAAAAUUCUUUUCUCGCCUCAAAGAUCCGGAAUCGGGUAAUGUGAAGUUUUAUUGUGUUCAGAAGGUCUUUUUCCAUGGAGAACCAUCUUGUACUCUAAGGAACCCACAGUGUUCUCGAAAUAUCGAUUUUUCCUUCUUUUGGGUCAAUCAAUCGAGUAAAAAAAAUUUCAAGUUUCUUCCUGGAGCCUGGUCACGGCUUUUUUGUUAGUGGAAGAAAAUGCGAAAUCAAAAACACGAUGGGCGGAGUCAAAAUAUUCGCCGUUCCCUAAAAGCGUAAAUAACAGGGCAUAUUAAAGGCGCAGGCCGCUAUAUUGCCAAAGGUUUUUAAGACGAAUCGAAAUUUCUCUACACAAACGCAAUUUUCUGCGCGAAAGCGUUGCAGUGCAUGCACACGACAAUUUACGCAGAAAAAGUGGGCGUGGUCGAAAAAACGUCAUGUGGUAUUGAUUUCACAUAUACUAGACAACAUUCUUAACAUAAAGCGUCAAAGAAGCUCCGCCCACUUUCGGGGUUUAGGUAAAGAAAAUACCAUAAAAUCCUGGUGGAGCAAAUUGGUUCAAACAAGUUUUUUUGGAAAAUUCCACCUUAAAGUAAAAUUGCCUACCUGGUUCGGGUGAAAGAAGCUGGAAGCGUAGUCAUUAGACAAAUUAGGAAAAAAGUUGGGGCUGUUCGGGAAAAAAAGGAUUAGAAAACAAGAUUUCUUUGUUUUUCGAGUUUUGAGAGGUAGAGACUGUUCAAAAAUCCUCGUAUGUUUGUUCAAAAAAAGAUUAUUUGAUGAAAAAAAAAUUCAUAUAGACACGGCGAACUCCUCGUCGGCGUUCUGGACAAGGCUCAUUUCGGCGCGACCCAAUACGGUUUGGGACAUUGCGUAUUCGAACUGUACGGUCAUCGGGCCGGCGUCCAACUCCUCUCCUGCUUUUCCAGAUUGUUCACGACUUUCUUGCAGGUUUUUCCAUAGAAAAACCUAUCCAAAACGAUGAGCUUUAGUUCCACGGCUUCACCCUGGGUGUGGCUGACAUUUUGGUCCAGGAACAGGCCGAGAAAAAGCGUCGCGAGGCCGUCGAACAGUCCAGAACCAUUGGAGAUCAGGUAGAGCUGGGAAAAAGAUCUAUAGUUUGAUCAAAAAAAAAAGAAUUUUCAAAAUAAGGUCACCGUUUCUUCCAAUUUUUAAUUGGGUUUUUUUUUCCAUUGAAAGUAUUAUCUUUAAGACUCCUUUAAGGCUUUUUACAAAGCAAAAACGUGUAAUAAUCGAAUUUUUAAGGUAACAGUUUAGUAGAAUAACUUGUAUGGAGAACAAUUUGAAGAUUAAAAAUAGAAAAUUUUGCAUUUCCUUUUGGAAUUUACUAUCAUUUUAUGAGUAUAAGUUUGCUUUAGAAGUAAAAUAUGCUUAUAGAAAUUUUUAUUAUCCCAUGCUUGAAAUUGAAGCCGUUAAAACAGGGUUGAGCUUCACGGAAAUUUGGUAAAUUGAUGAAAUCCUGAUAUUUUAUCAAUAAAAUUUCAAAUUACCUAUUUUUUUCGGAGCGUUUUUACUUUUAACAUGAUAAUGUCGUCAAAACGACGGAUGGCUUAACGAAAAAGUUGUUGAAUUUAUUAAGAAUUUGAUAUUUUAUCGUUAAACUUUUUGAGACAACUAUUUGAUCAGAGCGUAAAUAUUUUUUUAAAAUUAUAAUAAAGUCUUCAAAAAGACGUUUGACACCACGAAAAAAAAUAUUAACCAAGAUAGCUUAUCUUUUUUUAAUCAAUGAAUCUUCCAAGUAAACUUGCGUAAAAAAAUCACAUUUUGAUCACAAUUUUUAUCCCAAAUAUCAGUUAUAAAUGCUCCGGAAAGUUUCAGAAAUAUUGAUCUUCAUUCCAGAAGUUUUUGAUUAAAAAUUUUUUUUUUCGUAAAAAAUUUUUCGCGAUUAUCCAUAUUUUUUCUGUGAGUUUCAAGCUACAGCCGCUAGAGACUUUGAAUUUCGAGUUUUUGAUCAAGCUCCGCCCCUAAUGGCGCGAAAAACCACUCAGAGAGCGUUUUCAAAUGACGUCAUUGUAUAGCUGACUACCGGCUGGCUUGAGCCAUCGAAAAAAAGGGUCCUGACACGAAAAAGCACGAGAUAGUGCCUGGUUUGCGGAGAGCGCAGAGAGGCCACGCCCCUUAUUGUCUCAAGCUAGCCAUGAUUCAGCUAUAUAGUCCGUUUUUCGUGACUUGAAAUUGAUGCUUUUCUCUGCUCUCUCUCUCAAGCUCCUGUGCUGUUUUCAUGUUCCUCUGACCUCGCCGGUGAGGGAACAGAGAGACGCAGACGGGCAGAAAGUUACAAGUUGCUGCAUAAGAUAUAUUUUUAAAAAAAAACUAUUUGAUAAAAAAAAUCUCACCUCGAUUUUUCAAGGUCGUCAAAACGACGUUCGGCCUUGCCGAAAACGCCUCGAAAGCUGAAAUCAAGAGGACUUUGGCGGCAACUUAUUGCAAUCCCCGGGGCCCGGGUCAGGACGUGAAAAUGCUCGAUUUCGGAAUGAAACAAGCCAUCGCCAAGUACAACGACGCCAUUACAAAGUGAAACGAGACAGUUGAAAUAUGAAAAAAUGGGAAAAUGUACAGAUCUUGUGUCCCGACUGGGCUGAUUCGACCGUUCCCUCAGAAUGCCCUCCAAUUGAUGAUCCAAUCUGGAGCUAAAGGUUCUGCCGUCAAUGCGAUCCAGGUGAUUAAUUAAUUAUAGGUGAUAAGAAGUUAUUCCGAUAAAAAAUCAAGGAAAAUAGGGGAUUUUUCAAGCUCUGAGUCUUCGUAAAUUAUGAAUUUCCAUAAAUUUUCGGUUUUGGGUAUAGAAAAUCGAUUCAAAAAAAGUUCGAGAAUUCGAUAAGAAAUGAACAAAUUUGAAAAAGGGUGGAUUCCUUUUGUAAAUUGAUUUUUUAUUGAUCAAAUUUAAGUUUUCAAAAAAAUUGCAGGAAGGUAGGGACGUUAUAAAAAACACCUGAAGUAAUUUUUUGAGUCAAUUUUCGAAUCUAGAGAGCGUUGAAAAAUGAGAGUGUCUUAGGAACGUCAGAGUAGACCCUAUAGGGCUUAUGGGGACUUUGGGGGAAACAAAAGGGAAAAAAUUCCACCUAUAAUGGUGAAAUUCAAGUGGAUCUUAUAGGGCUUUAGGGUAUGACUUCUGAGCCUCUUAAGCUCAAGUGGCCCCUAUAGGGGUUUACCAACAUCUCGUUAAAAUUUGAAAAUUGAAAAGGUCGACUAAACCUUUUUUGAUGUUUUUUUCGUUCAAAAACAAUGAUUCAUCGAUUUUUUCGCAUGUAAUACUUUUUCUCAUAAAAAUAAACGGCUAGUAUGCCCCCUAUAGUGACCGCUUUUGCAAGCUUUAUUAAGCCCUGUAGUCCCGAGGUGGGUCCCUUUAAGGGCCUCUAAAGUUGCCCCUAUAGGGACCACUCUGGAUUUUUUCAGAUGGACUUUUUAUUUAUGCGCCUUUUUUACCCGUGCUCUCUAGUUUCCAAGGAAACCGAUUUUUUGCUUGAUAAUAGUAAAAAUUCGUGAUAAUAUGUUAUACAUUGACUUUUUCAUAUUAAAUUUGAAUUCAGCUGUUGAUCUGUGAUAACCGUUUCAGAUCUCGGGCUGCUUGGGCCAAAUCGAAUUGGAAGGCAAGCGUAUGGCCGUCACAAUCGCUGGCCGGACCCUCCCCUCCUUCCGCGCUUUCGACCCUUCACCACGGGCUGGCGGAUACAUUGAUCAGCGAUUUUUGACCGGAAUGAACCCCCAGGAACUCUUCUUCCACACGAUGGCUGGUCGUGAAGUUGGUCUUGGGCUUAUUUUGCACUGGCUUGUGGAAGAUCAGAAAACUUAUGAAAAUAUAUUUCUUGGCAAUAUUUCAAAUCAAAAUAUCAGAAAAGAAAGGACUAACUGGUUCUUUCAAAAUGCGGGGGACUCGUCCGUUUUCCGUUUAACUUUGGCUGAAAAAUUGUCCAUACCUUUUUUUCUUUCUCUGGUUUUGUUCGCUUCAAGCCUCAUUAUAGAGCAUAAUCUCUAAUAUUUACGAAUUAAUUAGCAAAACAGAUUUUGGCAUGAAAAUCCUUUUUAUUGAAAAAAUUUCAUUUCAACAUGACAAUGAGAUCCAAGCAAGGCGGGCAAUGAUUUGUUUGAAACUCCAGUUUUUGGGAACAAAUAUAUGAUCUUUAAUGGAUUUUUUCGACGGAAAUAAGCCUUUUGAAGCUUAUUUAAGAUUUUUCGUUUUCCGUUUUGACCUGAAGUUACCAAGUUCAAAAAAAUAACGUUUCAUAGUGAUUGUGAGAAAUUUCCGCAAGAAAAACUGAUACGAAUCGAAAGGAUUUUUGUUUUUCUGACUCUAAUUCCGAUUGAUGAGAUCUGGAUCUGGUCGGAAGUCUGAGGUGAGGUCAGUGAGGUCGGAGGUCUGAAAUCAAUGAAAAAUCAUGAUGUUUUAUCGUAAAGAAGUCAAAGUCUGGAACAAUUUUUUCAAGACUGUGUGCUGGGCAGGUCAUAGCGUUGCAGUCGAAAUUUGACCACUUUUCGUACAUUUUUGUCUCGAACUUUCCAAAAAAUGUGUAAAUCAGGGAGUGAAUGAUCCAAAAUAAUUAAUUACCGAAGUUAUGGGAUUCAAAUUUUUUGAAAAGAUAUUUUUAAAAAGUUGCGACUGCGAUUCGGCCCACUAACAAAUCUAUAUUUGGCGAUUCGUCAAAGAAAAUUUGAUAGAAAAAAAUUUUGAAACAGCUCAAAAACUGACAAUUAUCAGGGUCUUAUCGAUACGGCUGUGAAGACGUCGCGCUCGGGGUACCUUCAAAGAUGCAUCAUCAAGCAUUUGGAAGGAAUCCGCGUGCAUUAUGAUAACACAGUCAGGGACCACGAUGGAUCCAUCAUACAGGUGAAGAAAUACCGUCAGAGCGUCGAAAAAUUGGAAGAAAUGAUUAAAAUUGAUCAUCAAACAACUAGAGAAUAAAAGUCCCCCCAAUGCGGCCGAACCUAGGUUAUUCCAAGUAUGUUUUUUUGUCUUGGCUCUUGAUCUUCUUGGAUUAAUUUUUGUCAACGAAAAAAAGUCUCCUUAGGAACGCCAGUAAUCCCUCUAGGGGUUAAUUAGGGAAAAAAAGCCCCUUUGGGGGGAGACAUCUAGGUGUUACCUUUAGGGGUUAGCGAUUUUUGCUUUCUUUUUGCCUCAAAAAAACUUGAUACAAUAAAUAUUUUUAUAAAAUCCUGAUUCGCAAGAUAAAAAUCAAGUAAAAAACGGAUUUCAUCACAUUAGGAGCGAUGAGAAUUCAUUGUGGUUUCAAAAAAAAAAUCACAACUUCCAAGGGAAACCAAUAAAGAAUAUCUUUUCUGUAGUUCCGGUACGGCGAAGACGGAAUGGACGUGAUCAAAUCGACGUUCCUCAACAAGAAGACGAUGCCGUUCUUCGAGCAAAAUCUGAAGGCCGUCACGAUGGCCAGCAAGCCGGAAGGCGUCAACGACUCCGAGUACAACGUCAGGGACGCCGAGAAGCGAUACAAGAAGGUUUUGGGGAAUGGAUUUUUUGAAGAAUUUAUUUGGAAGAUUGAAAAAACUUUAGAAAACCAGUGGGAUUUGGAAAAAGAGCGCAAAAUAUUCAGCUUGAAAAAAAUGACGAAAUGUUUCAGGAAACAAGAUUUAAAAAAAUGUGAAAAAGAUUUGUAAGCGUCUUGAAACAGCUUUCACAGCUAAAAAGGAAAUUCAAGCGGAGCGCGGGAAGGGAAAAAAAAAGCUGUGGAGAUUCCGUACAAAGUUUUUUUUUAUGAAGUACGAGAAUUUUUAAGGAAUUUUCUUCUUUUUAGCUCCUUUAAUUUCAAAACCCCACUGAAUUUCAAGAUCUGCUCGUGGCGGAGGAAAACGAAGGGAAAGGUCAUCAAAAAGUACCGAUCGGCUUUUAUGGAAUUCGCCUUGGAAAACACUGGACACAGCAAGGAAAAGGUCUAGGAUUCGUUUAUUACUUUCAUUUUUCGUUUUACUUUUGUCAUUCCCUUUUUUUGUGUGUGUUUUUUUGGCUCUUUUGAAUUUCUGUAACUUUUUCCUCUUUUCAGAUCAUCGCCAUGUGGGCGGAAUUAGACGCCGACCAAAGAAAAUCCUACGAAAAAGCUGUCCCCAAAAAAUGCCCGAGUGCUGUGGAUCAGGUAGAAAAUUGCCAAAUUACAAAACUUUUGAACUAUUUUUAAAAAAAUUCUAAAAAAAUAAUUUGAAGCUUGAAAAAUUAUCGGAUUUCUUUGAAAAUCAUGUUUUUUUCAUGAAAAAUUUUUUUGAAAAAUUUUUCUCAAGUACUUUUGAAUUUUUAGUUUCAGAAAUAGAUGGUCAAGUACAGAAAUGGGAGGAAGGGUUGGCUCCCGAGAAUUUUUGAAAAAAAUUAGGCAAUGAAAUAAAGUUUUAACCUCCGGGAGGUUUUUUUGGUCACAGUAAUACAAGUUUUAGCCUCAGGGAGGUAGUAUCAACUUUAGAAAAACUUAAAAUGAGGACUCGGCCUUUAAAAAUGGUCUGCCCAUGUAUGGUUUCAGAAAAAAGUCGAAAUGAUUGGAAAUUUAUAGUAGUUUUGAACAGAGACCUCAAAAAUAGGAGGAGAAAGUUUUCGGUUUUUUUUUCAAUUUUCAGAGAAUUUGUUAUCACUUGUAUUUUGGAAGCGUUGAUCAAAAUGUAAAGACACUUUUGAAAAAGAAGAAAACAUGAUCCUCUCCUUGAAAACUCAAUCAAUUUGAAGGUCUACAACCCGAACACAACCCUCGGCGCCCUGCCUGAAAAGAUGCUCGACGAAAUUCAUUCUUUCUGCAAUGAGGACGAAGAUGAGCCCAAAGAUGCUCUGAGAAGGACGAUGUAUUGGAAAGGUAUAAUCGAAUCAAACGGAGGGGAAUGCAAAACGUUCUGACACGUGAAAAGUCAGAAAAGACCUGGAAAAUCCGAAAUUAAAAGUUCAGAAAUUUGUAUUAAACAUUAUUUUUCAUUCUCUUGUUUAUGUAACUGUUAGACUGCCUUCUCUAGAUUAUUUGAACAGAACAUAUCAUAUAAUAGUUUUUCCGUUGGUUCCGAGGAUCCUUUUUCCUUAUUUUUCGAAUUAAUCAUUUUUGUAGAAACUUCAAAGUGAGUGAUUAACAAUCAGAGAGGCAUUCUCAUCAGUUUUCAACAAAAAACCGAUUCAAAAACGGUUGCACAUGAAUGGAAAACGAGCCAAAACAGUGCGGCGGCAGCCGAAAACUCGGAAAACGCCAGAUUUUUUGGUUUUCUCGCGCGUCACUAAAAGCUUCAUAACUCGGCUCAAAAUCAAAAUUUUUCGAAAAGCUAAGCUGACUUGAUUUUUGGACAAUCUGCUCUAUCCUAUGAUAUUAGAUUCGACUAUUCAUUACUUUUUUCGAGAAAUGGCUUGUGGUGCCUAUCAAUGAGAUUGUUUCUUCAUUCUUUUAUGGCACGAAAGCCGGCUUUUCCGCCUUAAAUUAGGCCAGAAAGUCCAAGAUGAUCUCAUCUUUAUCGAUCUCAAAAAAUAUUUUAAGCUGUUCUUUCAAUUUUCAAGCCAUGCUCUUUCAAGGAAUGAGAUCGAUGGCGGAACCCGGCGAGAACGUCGGCCUCCUGGCGGCCCAAUCCAUUGGAGAGCCCUCAACUCAGAUGACACUGAACACCUUCCAUUUCGCCGGCAGAGGAGAAAUGAACGUGACGCUGGGAAUUCCGCGUCUUCGCGAGAUUCUGAUGACCGCCUCGAAGAAUAUCGCGACCCCCAGUGCUCAGGUUUCUCCUUGGAAGGGAAAAUAUGCUUUUCACGUUGAAAAUUGAACAGAAAACCUUUUUUUAGAGUAUUUUGAUGUAAAAGGAAGAUUAGGAAGAUCCAGAAAGAUCCCUAUAGGGAUUCAGUGAAAAACAGCCCUUAUAGGGGGAAAAAGAGGUUCCUAUAUGGAUUUAGGGUCUGACUCCUGAGCCUCUAAAGCUCAAGUGGUUCCUAUAGGGGUUAGGGAAAAGCUCUAUGGCCCCCUAUAGGGGUUGCUGAAGUGAACCCUAAAGGGAACCCUUCAAUGCCCCCUAUAGGUACCAUUCUGUAGUUCCAGAGCCUUUCCAACAGUUUUAGAGGAAAAAAUACGUUUCACGUUGAAAAUAAAACAUGAAACAGUUUUUAUCUGAGCUGAAUUAGAGAUGGUACAUGUGAAAUAUGUUUUCUUAACGGAUUUGAGAAGAUUUUAGGUAAAAAAUAGGAAAUUAAAAAGAUUUGGGGAACUACGGCUUUUUUUUUGGAGGGCUUAGAAGGCACAACGUUUAAUCAAGUUUUUGACGAUUUCUAAAAAUUUAUAACGGAUUUCUCCAUGUUUUGCUCCGUUUUUACCUAAUUUCGUCAUAAAAAAAAAACUAAGUUUACUUUUUUUUCAGUUCAAAACUUACCUAUAUUAUAUAAUUCAUUAUCUUUCCGUUCACAGUCUUAAAGAAAUUUUUUUCUCUGUAAAUUUUUUUCUUUUUUUCAAUCAUGAGGUCCUUUUUCAUAUGUUUCCGUCCAGAUCGCCGUGAUUCCGGGAACGCCGCGGGAAAGAAUCGACGCCAUCAAACAGGAGCUCGACCGAGUUUACCUGAAACAAGUUCUGAAGAACUUUGUACUGGAUGAGAGGAUCACCCUAUCAGCUAGGUUAUUUUUUGAGAUUUUGCAAAAAACAGUUGCUGAUAAUCGCUCAUGCAGACUCUUUACGUUUUCUUUUUAUUUUUUUAGGGGGGUGAAGAAAUAUUGGUGUGCGGAGGGGGCUGAAUAAAAUGUGGGAGACUAUAUUUUUAGUCUAAAAUCGCCCCCCCCGCACCCGACCCGCAGAAAACGAAAAAUGGCUGGAAAAAUAACCAGGCUUUCUGGAUGAUCCCAAGUCAUCGUUUCAUUAUUUUCGAGCGCAUCAAAGUUCCCAUUCUUGGCAUUUUUUUUUCUCUCACCCUUUUUCAAUGCAUUUUUUUGUACAGCGAGACGAUGCGAAAGUACAUUUUGCGAAUGGAACUUCUUCCCUCGGCAAAAAGAGAACAGGGAGCACGACAUUUGAGCCGCAGCACCAUCAUGCAGGAGGUAAUAACACAAAAAAGGGAAGAAAAAAUGGAUUUUUUUUUCUUUAUGAAAUUAGUGGAAAAUAGAAACUCUUAGGGGCGAAAUUUAGGUGAUCCGUGGAGAGCCCCUAAAGCUUAAGUGGUCCCUAUAGGGGUCUUUUAAUUUUUGUUCAAAUUCGAAAAUUUGAAAAAUCUCGAUUGAAUAAUCCUCUGUUGAUAUAUUUUUCAUUCAGAAACGCCAAUUUAUUGAGUAGUAAUUUUUUUGAAAAAUUUUUAUAGAGCUCCUAAAAAAAUAAACGGCUAGCUCAUUAACUCUAAAGUGGUCCCUUCAGAGGCAACCUUAGCCCCACUUUACCGAUCCCUCUAGGGGCCACUAACGCUUGUGCGAAGAAGCAUUUUCAUGCCGAAAACUGAAAAAGAGCGUUUUUUAAUAAAAUUGUAAGACCCCUAUAGGUUCCACUUGAGCUUCAGGGGCUGAUGGGUCAGACCCAAAAUCCCAUUUAGGGACCACCAUAGUUUUACUUUUAUGUCAACCACUUUUUGGAGUUCUCUGGGGUUCUUUUCCUCCCGAACCCCUAUAGGGACCACUCUGGAAUUCCUAAGAGUAGUUCUCUGUAGAAGCGCUCUCAUAGGGGGAGUUAAGGCAGCCCCUAUAGGGCAGACUUCAAGAACCUCUAUAGGGGACCACACUGGCGCUGCUAAGAAUAUCCUUGCAGAUCGAGAAGCGGUUCAUCUCCCGUCUGUCUUUCGCAGUGAAGAAAAAGUCGGAAGACGUGAAUGAGUACCAACAACUGCAAUACGCCAAACUGCGCAGUGGAAACACGGCCGCCAGCCAAGGAACUCCGAACAACGCCAGCGGAUUGUUCGUCGAAAUUUCGAUUUUUGUGGAAAAUUCAAUUGCUAGAUGUUAUUUUUAGAAGAAGUGGCUGGAUUUUUUGAAAGUUCGGCUUCUUUGUAGUUUUUGUUGAGAAAGAUCUGUUUGGUAGGAAAAAAAGAAGGCAGAAAGUCUUGAAACAAGUAGGAGACUCAAAAAAAGCUCUAAAUAAUUUUUAAUAAUUAUCCAAGAAAGUUUUUUUUAAAGAAAGCCUUCCUAUAGCCUCUUUUUGAGACCCUAUAUCUAUUAGAAAGUUUUUUAUUGAGUUAAAAUCGAGCUUCAAAGUUGAAAAAGUGGAGUUGAAAGGAGGUUUUAGCGUUUUUAGAGAAAUGAGGGUCAUGAAAAUUUAGAAAAUUUUUCGGAAGACAGUUAGGAACUUGAAAAGGAGUUCUUGGAUCCUUUUUCCAUCAUUUUCUGAAGUUUCGUGUUUUUGAAAGGAUCUAGACUUGAUGAAUAGUUUCCCUCGGAAGAUAUCGAUUUCAUUGACCGUCACGCUCAAAUUUGAUACCGGUCUGGAAGUCACGGAAUUUUUUUUUUUCCAGACAAGGUCCUGACCGAGGCGAAUCCUCCGACGAAGAAGCCGACGGCGGCCGAGAAGCGGAUGCCUCCGAGAAACGUCUUCACAACAGACAUCGCGACGAGGCGGCCGAGUACGAAGGAGAAGAGGAAGAGCGGGGCGACGUCGGCGCCAGAGACGAGGAAGAGCCGCCGGUCAUUUUUUAGACUUUGAAGGGGACAACAUAUCAUCCGAGGGCAUCUACACCGGAAAAAAAGUCAAUCAGAAUGAGAGGCAGACUUGAAUGAAAAAGGAAAGAAUAAAAUAAAUUUUGAGCCCAUGGAAGUAAAGCUGACAGAAUAGAGUGAAGAUUUUGAUUGUUGAUAGGUAUAGUCUGUGUUUUAAAAAAACUGUUUAUUGCAUCUUCAAUGUAAGAAUACAUGUGCAAUCGACUUUCAUUGAUUUGACUGUGUUUAAACGGCGGCAGGAGCUGUGGCUUAGGCAGAGAAGUUGUGAAUUUCGCUCGUAGAACAUCAGGUACAAGAGAGGUCGUAGGAAGAGUUACGGUGCCGGCUUUCCAAAGGCCGAUGGCAGAGAUUGAGCCUUUUCGCUGCAUGCAGCUCCCAAUUUUAUCUACCCCGGAGGGAUGAAGGGCUUGGUCGACCUCGGGGGGAGUCGAACCUACGACCUCGCGGACGUUAGAAAUGAGUUAUGCCAGCUGAGCUAUGCCGCCCCUAGUCUGUGUGGCAAGACUUUAAAUUUCACCGAACGACAUUCCGCUGUUCCGCUGCGUGCGUUCGCGAAGCGUCUUUCAAUUGAUUGUUAUUGCUGUGGAGCACAUAAAAGUAGAGUACCUUACAAGUAGAAAAAAAAAAUUAAAAGCGCGCAGCGGCACAGCGGAAUGUCGUUCCGAGAAAUUCCAAGUCGUAGUACACAGACUAUAACGACCCAAACAAGGUUUCAACAAAAAGAAAUUAAUAAAAGUGUUCUCGUAUCGUCAAGGAAUCCAGAAGAUGUUCAGGCGUCGGACGACGACAGCGGCAAGGGAUCCGGCGACGAGGAGAUGGACGACGUCGAACGGGAGAAGAUCCGGGCGAAGAAGGCCUUUCGAAGCCGAACAGACCAAGUCGUUCAUGGCCCGCGUUCAGGUGCGUGGAAGAUUUGGAUAAUUGAAUAAUUCUGGGCAACUGGUCUUCAGUAACCCUGCUUGUCUAGCUUUUCUUUUUGCCGAAAGUUCUUUUUGGCGAUUUUCGCUUUGAAUCCUUUUUUCUGCAGUUCUAUAGAGCAAUGUUGACAAUCAACAGCUUGGUUAACAUGCAAAAAAACUAGAGCAGCAAGAAGACACACAAAAAACUUUGAGCAAGUCUAUAAACGCGUUGAAAAACUUUGAAAACGGCCUCUGUCGCAUUUGGAAUGGCUUGAAGGCGCUUUGAACCAUUCUACAUGCAUUCUUGCUAUCUUGGAGGGAUUUGAAGCUGAUUUUCCAAUAUGAAAAAAAAAUAAAAGCCGAUAACUUCUUGUAAUUAAUAGAUUUACCACCAACUUCUGAAGAACUGGGAAAAUUUUUAGUAGCCACUAUAGAGGCUUGAAAGGACUACUUGGAGAGAACACUAAAGUGGCCCCUAAACCCACCUCUAUAGUGGCCACUGUUUUCCGUUUUAGUGGCCACUAUAGAAGCUCUCUAUUUAGUGGUCACUUCAGUAGUUUUUCAUUCAGUAUUCCUUCCAGUAACUCUGAUAAUUCAAAAAAAAAACAGAUUGGACCAGUUAUGUUGAUCCAUUGGCCCCUAAAGUGGCCACUAAAAUUUUUAGCGGUCUGUUAGUAGCACUGAGACCUCUAUAAUGGCCACUAAUUUUUAACCCCUCAGGUGCCCACUAAUUUGACUACUGUAGGGACCACUAAAACGUCAAAACCCUAUAGUGGCGUGUUCACGUGUUCAUGACAAAAAAUUUAAAAAAUCAUAUCUCCAAAAUAAAAAGUUUGCGCAGAUAGCGACUAUGUGGGAUCGGUUUUUGGUAUAUCAGAAAGUUUUUAAGCAAAUUUAUGGAAAAUUCCAAACCUUACGCAAAUUUUAAAAAGAACGUUUUUAAGAAAGUUCUUACUGAAUCCGAAAGUCGAUUUAGGACGUGAUGCACUUGUCGGACUUCAUCUUCUCUUACAAAUUCGAUGAGAAAAGCAACAAAUGGUGCGAAGUCGUCUUCCAAUUGCCCCUCCGCAACAAAACCAAAUUCGAUUUUGCGUCGAUUGUUGAAAGGUUUUGGAACUGUUUAUGGGAUUAAAAUCAUUUUCGGGUAUAUUCAGAGAAGCCGACGUUUUUAUCGUCCACCAAACCCCGGGAAUCGAACGCUGUGUGGAGCGAGAGGAGGAGAAGGACGGGAAAAAUGUCACUUACUUGCAGACCCAAGGAGUCAAUCUGCAGGUGAAAAUGAAGAAAAAGUAUUAUAGUUUCGAAAAAAAUUACAUUUUUUUAUUUUGAAAAUCGUAAAAUGGUCAAAGUUUUUUUGUAGUCAAAGUUCAAAAAUUGAACAAGGAGAAAAAAAUCAGAAAAUGGCAAAAAAAUAAAAAAAUUGAAAGAAUAAAACGUGUUAGGACUACAAUAGGAAAAUGACAAUUUGCGAAAAAAGUACGGUAAAAGUUGGUUAUAGUUGGAAAAGAGAUUAUGUUAUCAUUUGGAAAAAAUUAAGGAUAGUUCUGGGAAUGAUCAAAUCAUGUCCUUUUCAGGCCUUCUUCAAGCACGCCGAUGUCCUCGACGUGAAUUCGGUCUAUUCGAACGAUUUGAACUUGGUCUUGACCCAUUACGGCGUCGAGGCUUGUUCCAGGGCCAUUGUUACUGUUAGUUCCUUUUUUUAUUCAAUCUAACAACGUUUGAUAGGAAUUCUAUUAGUAUAUGUGCCACGUUAUCUCGUAAAAAGUUGAAAAUCUUAUAAUUUUUGAUAGGAGAAUGUUUAGGAAGCUUCAAAAAUUCAAUUCCUGAUAAGCAUUUUUAAAAGAUUUCCGGUGUUCAUUAAAUCACACAGUUGAUCUGAAUUUGGUAUAGUGUGAGUUCCAUAAAAAAUAUAUAUAUAUAUAUAUAUAUAAUCAUUGGGAAAAUGGAUAAAUUAGAGAAGGUAACGGCACAUUUUUUUGCGCUCUAUUGAUGAGUUUAGCUUCUUAUUUAGAGCAAAAAAAUAAUGAUUUUUCGUAUAUUUAACUUCUUUAGAAAAACCCCCAUCUAAAAAAAUAGCCGAGAAAUUUACGCCCUUUGUGCUUAGUAGAUUUUUUUAAAGUUUGAAAUAUUGGAUUGCACUAAGAAAGAGGGGUUUCGGGGACUUGAAUGCGUUAUAAAGUUACUGAAAAAGACGAUUUUUUCGAUGGGUUUGAAAUAUUUAGCGAAAUCUUGUGUUUCGAAAAUACAUCAAAAAUAUAGUCAUGGCGGAGAAAGUUAUGGGAUCAACAGAAAAAGUUGAGGUUGCAGUAAAAAAAAAGACGGUUUUGGGGUCUUGGAAACUUACUCAGGCAAAUCCUGUGUUGGGAAGUUAACCAGCAGGAGGUUGGGAGGUGUAUGGAAGCUAGAAAGUCUGAAGAAAGCCUUUGGAAGAAGUUCCGAAGGUGAAAAUGGAAAAUUUCCGCCAGAAGCCUGCUGGAAAGCUUCUAAAAGCUUCUGCCAGGCUUUUUUUAAGUAGAAGGUGUUAAGAAGCUAUGUGGAAGGCGUUGACCACUUGCUGGAAACCUUCUGAACGCCUUCUGAAGAACUGAAAGAAAAAGCUUCCCAAUUUUUACCUGAGUUAUAAAUUAUCUUGAAAAGAGAUUGUUUUUGAUUUAUUUGAAAUCACGAUGAUCUAGCCUAGUUUGGAGGAAUUUUGAAAUUAUCUUUUCGCCAGAUACUCGAAACUCGUAUUUUCACCCCUUCUCCGUAGAUUCCAGCAUGUGGCAGAUGUUUAUUUGGUGAUUUCAACGAAUUUCAUCCUUUUCCCCCAUUUCUCAUCAAAAUCAAAAAAAGAUCACUCGAAAUUCGGAACUCAAACGAUGAGAAACGUGAAGAAAAAUGUUGUGCAACCAUAAAAACACGAGAAAAAAGGGCAAAGUACGAAAUUUGUCUUGUGGGAAGAAAUUUACGACCCAACUGGCGUUCGCCACUUUUUCUCCCAUUUUCUGAAACGCGUGACGGAAAAAUCUGCCAACUAUACAGUAUUCCAGGUGCAUUCACGUGCCCUUCUUAUCGAAAUUGAGAAGUUCAUUUGGACCAAUUAUCAAGUUUUUUUUUCUUUUUUUUUAAUGUCUGGAUGACGUUAGAUUGGUAGAUUGUACCAAUGAAACAGUUGGCAAAGAAAAAAUGGAAAAUUACGAAUUUUCAUUUAUUUCUGAGCCUCAACUUUGAAGAAAAGAAAAAUCUAAGUUAAAAUUUGAAAAAGAGCUUUUAAGAAUGCCAGAGUGGUCCCUAGAGGGGUACCUUCAAGUUUCCUUAAAUAUACCCCUGAAGGGAUCACUCUGGAGUUUUAAAGUUGUAUAACUAAAAAGUCUUUUUCCUCCCUUUUUGAGCCUCAUCUUUUUUUUCGAUUUUUAAAAAGAAAAAAGUCUAACAACGCAAUUUGGCAAGAAAUUUCGAAAAAAAGGAUUUUUAAGAAUGCCAGAGUGGUCCCUAGAGGGGAAUCUCCAAGUUUCCUCAAGGUUGCCCCUGUAGUGAUCACUCUGGCGCUUUUUAAGAUGAUCAUCUGAAAAAAACCAUGAUUUUUUUCAUUUCCUUUUUUUCAAUUUUGAAAAAGAAAAAAAAGUCUACAAGACGAAUUAGGCAGGAAAGUAUGGAGAAGCUUCUAAAGGAAAAAAAUCACUUCAAUUUCUUUUUUUCGACUUUUUAAAGACUGUAAAAUAGAACUUUAAGAAGGAAAAAUCAAACAGCGAAAUUGUUUUUGGUUAUGGAACUUUGCAAAAAUGUACUUUGAGGUCUCCUGAUUCCAAUUCAAGGUGUUUUUUAACUUUCUCCUUUUUCAGUUGAGUUAUGAAGCUUUAAAGGCUUUAAAAUUUCGAUUUCCUUGAUUUUAUUAGCAGCUCAUAGUUUUUGAGGCUUCACAACCAGAUGUAAAGACGAAAACUUGAAAUAUUCGUUAUGGUUUGCAAUCAGGAGAACUCAAAGUACGUUUUUGCAAGUUUCUUCGAUUUUUCGACCGUUCAUCGAAAACACUUCCGUUUUAAGGACAGAAUGGAUACAUUUGAAGUUUAUGACGUUAACUUAUUUCCAUAGCCCUUAGGAGAACUUUAUUGAUAUAAUUGGUCUGGAAGGCUUAGAAUUUCGAAUAUUUCGACCUUCUAGAAAAAAGUGACAUUCAGGCUUGUAAGACUGCACUUUGAAAGGUUAGAAGCUUUGCUCCCGACCUGAAACGACUUGCGCACGAAGUUAUCAAGAAGCACCAUUUUGAGCCGUUUGAAGGCAAUUUUUCGACCAAAUUAUUCCGCCGCAUUUUGAGCCAUUCCAAAUGCGACCAGCAAGAAGUUUUAAACCGAGUUGAUGUGGAGCUGGAAAAGUGUAAGUAGCAUGAAACCGAUUUUCGGAAAAUAAUCUCUUUUGGCACUAUUCCAAAAGAAAAAAUGGUUUUUUUUAAAUCUUCGAACUUUGUAUUUACAAUUAACAAUGGAUUUUGUGCAAAAUUCAAAUUCCUGAAAGAUUCAUUUGAAGCUGAAAAAGCUAGAAUACGCAAGUCCAUUGUAUUUUUUUGAUUAUCUUUGUAUGUUUAUAUUGAAAAAUGAAUGGGUCUUCUAGCGAACUACAGUAACCUCCAAGCUCUUUUCUCGAUUAGCGAUGAGAUUGAGCAAAUCCAAAAGAAAAGAAAAGCUUAUCACUCAAUAAAUUAGUCGUUUCUAUUUUGGCCCGUUUCCAAGAAAAGACUCGAAAGUGGAUCGUAGAUCAAGCGUCAUAGUAGAGAGUGACGUCAAGUUGACGAGAAGAACAUUGCGUCAAUAAUCAAGGUGGCUGAUCAUUGCACACAUUUUGAUAUGUCGCGAAAAAAGAUCAAUCUUAGUUUAUUUUCUAUUUUUGGACGCAACUUUGUAAAAUAUAUGGGAACAUCUCUGUUUCUGCUGUUCAAAAAAAAAAAUUGGAGAGAAGGAAAAUUGAUGGAACUUAAAUACAACAAAAAAACGAGCUCGGACCUUGGUAACGCGAAUCAGACGUGUUUGAGCAUUCCUAGAGACCACUUUAGCGACUUCAGGGCUCUCAAGUGAUCCCUAGAACUGUUCAGACACGUCCGUUUCUUGUGAACCGAGGUCCGAGUAGAACUCUAAAAAAGUAAUUGAAAGAUUUUUAAGUGCAGGCGUUCUGAUAUGAAAAAAUUUCAAGCAAAUAGGAUUGUUUUCAAAAAAACGAGAUAUUGGUCCCUUUCCUUGGGAUCAAGAAUUUUCAACAUUUUGGGUAUGAUAUUCCCUUUUUUGUGGUAGAAAAUUAUGGAUUUUUGCUCAUCAGUAGCCACAUUGACAUUUUAUCAAUCAUUCAAUAGUCAUAAAAAGUUUUUAAAAAGAAGAUUUACAAUCAAAAUUUUACCAUAAGUGGUUUUCAUCCGACUGAGCUUUAAAGUUUUUCCAAAAAUUUGGAUUUUUAAUUUUCUUUUUCUUGAAAAAGAACUUUCCAUUCUUCAAGCUAGAUUUACGUUAAUUUGAGUGAAUAUUUUUACCCCUGUUUCGCCCAGACUUGAAGCGGUUUUAUGAGACCCAAGCUGAGAUUCCCGAAAUAAUUGAGAUAAUCUUUUGAAAAAUUUAAGUUUAGGUUCCAUGUUUCACAAAGAAGUUUGAGGUCAUCAGCUUCGAUUUUAUGGUUUUUCCGUUUUUAAGCUAGAAAAUCUGACUUUUCUGCUAUUUUUAGUUGUCCCUCUUACUACUUGAAAGAUUUUCAAUCUACCAAAAAAAUAAUUCGAGGUCUUUGAAGCUCAAAUUCUGGCCCUUUCUCGAUGCAUUUUUAUCUGAUAAAUGUCUUUUUCAUCUGCUCAAAACAUACUUUUUCUCAUUCCCCCGACUUGGAGCGGUUUUAUGGAACAUCGCAUCGGAUUCACGUGUUCGGUGCGGCGUUACAACUGGCCGUCGUCGUAUUAGAAGGAGAAGAUGAAUUGCCGUCUAAAUACGUCUUUUCUGCGGUUCUUAUGGAAUUUUUGUAUUUUCGGUGAAAAUUGGAGAAAAUUUCUUGGGAGUGGCUCAGUUGUUGAUUAUUGGUGCUUCUAGGGGAACAAUUUGAAAGUUUUGUUUGUGGUUUUGAGGUUUUUUGGAGGUUUUUAAAUUGCGGACAGUUUCUUUGGGAGUGAAAGAGGAGGCUUUAAAGAAAAAAGUCAAGUUUGGAAUGAAUUUAAGGGAUUUUUCAGUUUUAAUUGGCCUGAAAAAAAUCAUCCAGCUUCCUAGGUUAAUUAUGAAAAACCCGAGGAAAUAUACGUUUCGAAGAAUUUAUAUAUAUGAAUCCGGUGUGUUUGAAACUUCAAUCAUGAGGAUUGCAACAAGUUAAUUUUAAGAAUAUAAUUUUUCACAAAAGGACCUGAAUUUGAGUAAAUCUCACGUAUUGAAAAAGACAUUUCAAUUCCUUGAUACCUCUAGAAACCGGUAAAUAUACGUUUCAAAGACUUUUUAUAUCAAUUAAGAAAAUUGUAAACUUUGAUUCGCCAGGUAGAUCUUUGAGAAAUACUUCGUCAAAAAAAAAGGAACAUAAAUUUAGAUUUUCACCGUAAAUUAUAGCAAUGAGAGUGUAAAAUUUGAAACUUAGCUUGGAAAUCGAGAAAAAUUAAAUUUUUUUCCUAGAAAAAAACGCUGAAAAAAACUAAAAAAAUCGAAACUUCAAUUUCCAAAGAGACAAAACUUGAACCCCCCAAAAAAGUCGAUCUCUUUGAACUUACCAAUAACUUGGGGACAAAAUACAAAAUUGUUCAGUUACCACAUUCCAAAAAAAAAACAACAACAAGCUCCCUCGGGAACAAGAUUGAAAUGUUACAAAAAAAAGCCCCCGAAAACAUGCGUUUUCCUAAUCAAUUCGACCAUGUCAAGUGUCAAAAUGUUUCAUUACGAACCCAAAACACGAGUUCGAUUUCUCGUUUUUCUGCUCUUUCCCACAAACAGAUCAGAGACAAAAAUACGCUCUGUUGACGUAGUUGGUCCAUGUCCUGGCUGGUCGAAAAAAAUAAUUCUAAUUUGGCGCCGAAAAAGAGUUCGGUUUCUCGAGAGAUUUCAGUUUUUUUGCAGUUUGACCGGUUGGCCGAACUUUGUUGCUGGUUUUUGCCUUGGGCGAAGAGGAAAAAAACGUUGUUUUAGUUAUUUUGGUUGAGGUAGUGGAGUACAUUGGAACUUUUGCAAAUGUGUUCGUUGGGAUGGUUUUUGAGGCGUUGCGGCUGCGUCGCGGUCGAUUCGAAUUAGUCUCUGGAAUUUUGACGUAGUUGAUUUAUGUCCCGACGGUCAUUGGCUGUUCCUCGAUUGAUAUCGAACGAGGAACUUCAUUUCUUUGGAUACUGUAGUUCAGUCGGGUUAUAUUUAGUAAGACUCAGAGGCGUUGCGGUUGCGUGGCGGUCAAUUAUAAGCAGUCUCCUCUAAAUUUUUGGCUCAGUGGAAUUAUGUAUUCGAGGUGGUUGUUUAUCGAUUCAUACGAGAAAGUUUAUUCGACAGGUUGCUGUAAUGUUUUGGAAAUUUUUCAACUUUCUGGAAAACGAAUUUAGAUGUGCAGAAGGUGGGAAUGGGCCUAAGGCGUUUCGUGUGCGUCGCGGCCGGUUUUCAGUAAUUCUAAGUUAUUGGUAGGUUUAAUGGAGAUCAUCGGUAGUUUUUCAGACCAUACAGUUAUUAGAAAGGUUUUACCCUUCUUGAAACCGAAUUUAGAUCUGCAGAAGUUUAGAAUGGCUCUGAAGCGUUCCGUAUCCAUUGCGGUUAAUUUUAAUCUGCCUUCGGAAAAAAUUCAUCUAGCAUUAUGCUGUGGAAUUUUCUGAAGUAAGCUGUAAUUCGAAAAAGUUAAUUUUUUUGAAGUUUGACUGUUAGAUUCGCAAGAGUCUGGGAAUGGUUUUCUUGCGGUGAUUUUAAUCCGAUGUUUGGCUACUUUUUUCAUGUAAACAAAGGCACAACACAAACCAUAUCAAUCCCCAUUAAUUUCCAAAAUGAUUCCUUUUUUCUUUAUUAUCAUCUUGGUCAAACGAACUUUCACCCUUUUCUGAUUGUCGUUGUCAAAACGCGAACAAUGCCUGUGAUUAUUUAUGAUCGACAUAUACAGUAAUGGCAAUAUUUGAUAGUGAUAAGUGGAGCUAUUUACGUCUUUUGCGCCAGUUUUUCCUCUUUCUUUCGUUUUUUUUCUCUGUUUUGGUUGGGUUCAGAGGAAAGGGUUGAGAAAAGGCCUCGUGCUGUCUUUUGAAGAAGAAAAGAAGAAAAAGGGGAAAGCCGGUUGGAAAAGAAGUGGCAGAAGCUGCCGACGUUGUACGCUAAGUCAGUAAAUCAUUUUCCUGCUUUUUUGGUCCCAACGAGAGGUUACGGUGGGAUCAAUAGUUCAGAAUGUUUGGGGAGUGAUUUAGGUUAAGAGGAACUGAACAAAAUGCUAUCAGAAGUUGAAUCUUUAAAUUUAUUCCGUUUAACAUCGUAAACGUUCAAAACAAUUCAUUUCGAAUUACGAAAUAUACGAUUGCACGUAUAAAGGAAAGGAUGACCCAUGAAGAUUCUUUCAAGACGCGUCCGACCAAAAACGGUCUCCCGCGCGUGAGCAUGGGAAAUCAUUAGAAAGAAGCCACUACGCUUCAAGACUUUGAAGAUAUUCCAAGUACGAUCAUUGCUUCUUAAGUUUAGGCGAUGAGGUCUAGAAAAUAAUCAAAAAAUAAAAAUAGUCAUGGAAUUUAUGAUAGAUUUUCCAAUUCAACUUUCAGAUAUCACGAUUGAACUUUUUUCAUUUUCUGUCAUUCGUUUUACCCUAAAUUCUAGCUGACAGAGAAAAGUCCCUUUAGCUUGAAAAAAGAAAAGAAGUGGACUGAGAUAAUUGUGUAACAUCGCGUUCGAUAUGGCUUUUUUUUUCUCUCACAGAAAAGUUAUCUUAGAAGAUUUCUGCGAUGAUUUUUCUCCCAUCAUAAAUCUUGGCCGUUUGAUUGAUGUCGGCGCCUUUUCGCGACAGGCUGAAUUCCUGUCGCGGCGAGACCUCUUUUUUGGGUCCUGACUGGAAAAAAGAUUGCUCGGUGGCCGAAGUGUAUAACAAAUUCCAUAGGAUUUUUAUUCAACGUAGAUCAAACUAGACUCUCUGUGCCAGUGAAUUCUAAAAUUUCGAAUCGGAAUCGGUCAGUUGCCAACAAAGAUCAGGUCGGGACAAAGUCCGGUUCUUUUCUAUCCCUUUUUUGUUCUCUCUUCUCUCGUGUUCCCACACUUUCUGGCUGUUUUCCCACGGUUCCAUCCACUGUCCGAAGUUUGGCGGCGAGAGAGAGAAAGACAGAGAAAUUGGAUAAGCUGCGAAUGUUUUGACGAGAGUUGAUAAGAAGUACGGUAGGCCGUGCUGGGUGGAAAAUGACCGUGAAGAUUGUCUGGCACCUGGGAGUACCAAUGUUGAGAUGGUGAAGACUUCCUGGGACUUGUAAGGAUGAGCUAGAAAAACUGAGCUUCUGGAAAAUUUCGUGAAAGCCAUGGCAAGGAGGUGCGAUUGGGUCUCGAAGAGUGGUGCUUCGGAAAAGAACGGCUUCAUUUUGAUACCUCUUGAAGGCAUAGAAGCUGAAAACUGGAAGAACUCAUGUCCGGAUAAAAGCUGGAUAAAAGACUACACUCGUUAGUUUUUGGAGAAUAUACUAAUGAUUAUGAGGAGCCAUCCUCAGAAAGGAGAGCCAUCAUUAUAAUCCAUAGCCUGAAGAAGUUUUCAGGGCUAGAAAAAAAAAGUGUUUUUGUGCUUUGGAACAUUUUUUCUUGGAGGCUCGGCAUCAUAUCUAGAAAAAAGCACUGCCUCUGAAAACGGCUUGGAGAAGUUCCUGGAGAAAAUAUGAAGCCAAGACUGAUUUCCUUCAGUAUGUUGGAUUGUCCGACUAAGUUCCAUUUUUGAGAGCUUAUAAGUCGCUAUGAAUCGAGGCUUCUGAAUCUGAUUCUCAGGUAGACUCCCGCUUUUUUGCAGAGACAGAUUCAAUCUGACUAUAAGACGAUACGAUUUUUCAGUCUCUUUUUUCACCCUGUCAUCAAGUUUUCAAAGCUUGGUACAGCUAGGCUGAAACUUUUUCUUCAACAUCAGACUCCCCCAAAUUGGGAAAAUAGUGAUGUCCUAGCAUUCCUGAAGCCGUCGUCCAGGUGUGAUGCCUUCCGAUUGCCUCAGAUCGUAUAUAAUUGCGAACUUUUUGAAUCUUUUUCUCAAUUUGAGGCAGCUGUCAGAAGUAAAGUCAGAAGAGAACGCUUACAUCUAGGGUUUUCGAGAAAGCCCGAACGCGUCAUGAAAAUCGAGGCUUCAUAACUGUUUUCUUUCAAAUGUUGGGUACAGUAAGAACUCUGAAAACCACGACAUCAAGAGGUUGUCAACAAGGUUAGAAGCGAAUUUUCCAUCUUUUCUUGAGGCAAAGAGAAACGCGGCACAGCCAUCCUCUAACAUUAAGACGUCGGCCUCCAAAAACCGUGAAGAUAUCAUUGUCUAGAUGGAGAACUCGGUUUUUCAGACGGUCCAGACAUUCCGAAGGCAUUUGCUAGCUUGUCAAGUCGGAGAGAAGACGCUGAAGUAGUCGAGAUAUCAUUGAGGAUUCGGAGGUUCUUGUGCUUCAAGAUGAUCUAGAGACGUCGUACAGAAGUGACUUCUCUAUCUUGUCAGUAGAUUCAAGUCGGGGAGAAGUGCGGUACAGCUAGGUACCUCUCUCCAAAAGACGCAGACAUGGAAGAAGUCUUCGAGACACCGUUGUCUGGGUGGAGAAGCGAUGCCUCGAGACAGACUGUACAAAUACGAGUGAAUGAGAAGAACAGGAGGGCUAGAAAGCCUUGGAAGCAAGGAGACUCCCUAGACGACCAAACAGACGACCCAUCAUUCCGCCCCCGACGUCUUCAGGGUUUUACGAAGAAGACCUCGCGCUGUGCUGUGUUCUCACGACGUCACCAUCUCCGUUCUAUUCGACCAGAACUGCCUGUUUUGCCAUUUUCGGAACUCCUCCUCCUCCCUCCCCCCGUCCAUAUAAAUACAAUUAUGUAUUUGUAUGGAAAUGACGGACGGUUUCUGUAGUGUGAUGGCUCCUUAUUGUUGGGCCAUGGCACGUUGAUUUGAAGUUAGACACACGGUACGAAAAGUUUUUUGUGCAAUUUCUUUUGGUUUUUCGAGGUUUUUGGGAAAGAUUAUAGCCGAUUUCUGGCUGGCUUGAGCUCAUUGAACAAAGGGUCUCGAAACGAAAGAGAAAGGACUAAUGUUUUUUUGGCAGCUUGUUCACGGUUUUGGAGAGGAUUUAGGGCUAGUUUUUAUUUUGGAUAGCAUGAGGGUGUGUAGAAGGUAUGAAAUUGAUUUUUUUGUAGCUCGUCUGAGAGAAUCAAUCAAUAACUCGAUUUGUUUAUGAAAACUCAAGAAAAAAGUAAAAUUAAUUGAGACACAGUACAAACAGUUACUAACGAAGUUUUGUUUUUGGUUUUCAAAGAUUUUAGAGUCGAUUUACGGCUGCUUGAGCCCCUGUCGUCGGAUUUCAACACGACUGAAAAAAAAAAAUAUUUUUUGGAUACAUUAUUUUUUUGGCGAAUCCGCAGAAAAAAACAUAUUUUUUUGUUCCCAGUAACAGAAUGUUUGACUAGAUUUCAAUAAUGUCAGUUUUAUGGUGAAUGAAAUCAAAUGUAAGAGGGGCAGAAAAAUUAAGUUUUUUUCAGUUAAAAAUAAAUAACAAGAGCUUUAGUUGUUCUCCUUUUUUUCGGCUUUGCAGUGGGGGAAACUCCAGUUCAAAAGCAUUUUUUUUUGUAAUACUGAAUCAAACCUGCAGUUCCAAUGAUCACAUGACUGUUUCCAUGGGGCUGAAGUUUAAAAACUUUUUCUCUGGAAAAAUUUUUGUUGAGGAAAGAAUUCUAACUGAAAAAGAUUCAAAAAGAUAUUUUUCAUUUUUUUAUUUCUUUGGCUAGUGGUUCAAUUUCAUGGCGAGAAAAAAAUUCUAAUAAAGUGAUCAUCUUCAUAAUUCGAAAGAGACAGAUAAAAAGUCUUUUUGACAUUUCCAGAAGCUCUCUCCAUAAUAGAGAAUCAUCGUUACAACUUGAUCACUAUGAUCAAUCUUUAAAGAUGUUUUUCUUUUUUUGCCAACAAAAAAAUGACGGAAGAUCUUGAUCAAAAAGAUGUUUUUCCUGAUGCCUUUCCCGUCAAGGUUGUAAGAUUUUCAAGCCACUUUGGUGUCUUUUUCAAGACAAAAAAAUAGAAACUUUUUGUUUCUUCCUCAUUUUUCAAGACAAGACAUUUUUGUUUAUUGUUUGUGUUUAUUUCUUGUUCCUGAAAAAUUUGACAGUUUUUGGAUAGGAGUGAUGUUUGGAAUAAUGAAAAUUUUUGGAAGGUUUUGCAGUUGCAAAAAUUUUAAUUUAAAAUAAGUUUCGGGUUCAUUUAGUUUAUAGUUCCUGCGAGCUUCAUAAAAAAAUUCAUCAAGGAUGAUUUAAUGAUUUUUCAAAAAAAUAUUUUUUUGAGCUGUUUUUAUGCGAAUGAAACGUUGAGAAAUUAUGACUCAAUCAUUUUUUUGGGUCAUUUUUGAUUGCAGUUUCAACCAUUUUUUUGUAUUUUUUUAGGGUAAUGGCCCGGAUUUCCAUGUAAAAAAACAGUAAUCUACGAGAAUGACCAGUUAAUUUUUUUGCUGGACUUUUUUUAGCUUAAAAUUGCUUUUUUUACCCUCUUUUUUUAAAAAUUUUGACGAUUUUUCGAUAUAAAUCAGGGUUUUUUUAUUCACUGAGGUAUACAGAAUGCAAAGAAAAAGUGAAUUUUUCUCGAUUUGAUUGAGAAAAUUUCAAAUUAAUCUAUGGGAAACUGAUUUCCUGUCCGCAGAAAAAAAAUGUGAUUUGGUAUCGGAAUGAAGGGAAAAUUUUUAUUUGAAGAAAAAAAAAUUGAGAAAAAGAAGAAGAGACUCAAAAAGGGGAAGAGAACACAGAACAUUAAUACAAAAAAAUAAUCCGGGAUUUUCUGACAAAAAUCAGAAAAAAGGAUAGAAGUGGAAAGGAUAAAGCACAGAAACAGCCGAAUGGAUGAAAAAUACAAGAAGUUGGACUUUUUCAGGAGAUGAACAACGUGUUCGCCGUGUACGGGAUCGAAGUCUCCCGCCGGCAUCUGUCGCUGACCGCCGACUACAUGACGUUCACCGGCGAGAUCGCGCCGUUCAACCGCGGCGCGAUGGCCGCGUGCGCCUCUCCGCUCCAGAAGAUGACCUUCGAGACGACGAUCGCCUUCAUGCGCGAGGCCUUGCUGCAAGGUCAGCUUUUCGCAAAAGAUUUCUGGGGUUUUCAGUGACCGAUUUGAGUGUAGAUAAAAAUAGCUAAAGAGUAAUCAUAAGUGGAGGAAAACGAGGAAUUUCACAGAUGGUCCCAAAAAAAGUUACUCACCGAAAUUUUCGAGUUCCUUCAAGGUGCAUUUUCUGCUUUUUAGGACGGAAAUCAGGGAUUUUAAUGACGGUUUCAGGAUUGUAUGAAAGAAGUUGAACAAAUGUCAAAAAUGUAGGGAAUGUGAUUACAAUGAAACCACUUGUGAUAAAGGAAAAUGGUUUGUAGAAUUUGGAAAAGAAAAUUUUCAAAUCGGAGAACGAAACUUGGAUUUUUGUUGGUUACAGUGAUAAAGUGAUAAAGCAAAAAGUUUAAUAUUUUGAAAUUUUUUUAGACGAAAUUUGAGGUUUUGAAUGGCGGUUUUCAGAGGGGUUAUUGAAAGGAAACAAUAGAAGGAUUUUUAAAAAAAUAAAAUUCACGCAUUUUUUUAAAGUUUAUAGUGUGCGAAGUUCUUUGAAGAAAGUGCAUCACAACUUCCAAUGUAAAAUAAAAAGACGCCGUUGAGGAAGAAUUAAAUUACCUUCAAAAAUAUAGAGUUUGAAAAAAAUCUGGGUGAAAAAAAUUCCGGUAGAAGUUUAGAGUUUUCACAGAGCUUUUUGAAAGAAAUUUACAAUUUGAACGAAAAUGCUUCACUAUUUUUCAAAAUUCUGAGAAAAAUUUCAUUGAAUUUUGUUAAUCUCUUAUUCACUAAAAAUUAUGAAUUUUUUUCCCGGAUUUUCUGAAAAAAAUUUGAGCGCAUUUUUCUAUUUUUGUCGAUUUUAUGGUGAAAAUUUCCUUCGGAAUUUUAUUUAUUAAAAAAAGAAAAUAGUGAAAAACCAAGAUAACCUUUUUAAAAGAUGACACUACAAAAAAAUGUUGAAAGCCUUUUUUUUUUUUUUGAAAUCUUGAGAAAACUCCGAUAGCUCCACAAAGAAUAAAGAUUUCCUCGGAUUUUUCCAGUCCCUUACAAUGACAUUUUCGAAAUAAUAUGAAAAGAAGUUUCACGUGCGACUUUAUUUUCUUGUUUUUUUCUCCGCGAAUUUUGUAGAAUUUUUGAAGUUUGAACACUUCCAAACUGUAUGUUGGUUUCGUGACGUCUACCGGCGACGAGAUUGAGCAGUUAUUCGUGGAAUUUCAACGCCUUGUGAAUCUAUUUUUUUAGAAAGAUAGUUUCCCUUUUGAGAAAAAAAUAAGGAAGUGUUGGAAAUUUGUUUUUUUGUUUAGGGUUUUUUUAAAUUUUUUUGAUUUUUUUGAGGUUGAGAGUGGGCUGAGAAGUUUUGAGUGAUUUAUUGAGGAAGUAGGGUUUUUUUCAAGUUUUUUUGGAAGAAUAAUUUUUAAAAAAAUCCCAACUUUUUGGGGGGUUUUUUUGAGCCGCGACGCUUUUUAGCCAUUCCAAGUACGACCGGACUAUUUUUGACUGUAGUGGAAAACUUUAGAAUCUUCAAAAAAUGGAAAGACAAUGAAAUUUUAGGGGAAAUUUAGGAGCUUUUUCGAUUAGUAAUUCAAAUUUACCAACUAAUCUGUUUUUUUUUUUAAAUUCACUUUGAAUAAUCCUUUUUUUCCAAUAAUUUCCCACCCAAACUAGCUCUCGACCAAUUGAUUUUCUAGUUUAACCCCGUUCUUUUUCUUCACUUUCUCCUCUUAACUUGCCCGAUUUAAUGACCCCUUCCAAAAAAAGGAUCACCGAAACAAUUGCCGGAUUCCUCCCUAGCAACUUUUAGCGCGCCAAUGAUCAGUUUUCUGGCUUUUUCAGAAGUUUUAUUCAAUUAGGCGAUCAGUUUGCGGUGAUUUAUGGGAGAAGCUUGAGGUUUAGAGCGAUCAAAAAGUGGUCGGAACGAGAAAAAUUUGAUUUUCUGUUGAAAAAAUUUAAUUUUUUCGAACAAGCUUGGAAAAAAGCGAAAAUUGAGUCGUCAGGGUGUGCAGAAAAAAAUAAGUCGAUGAUUUUUAAAAACGUUUUAAAAAAAUCUAAUUAAAAAAACGAUUUUUUUAGUUUCUUUACAAUGAAAAACUUGAUACUCCCGUACCUCAUAAUAUUUUUUUCCUGUUUAGGAUUUUUAUUUUUUGAAAGUUUCCACUGAUGAAGUUUUUUUCAUAGUUAAUUCAAGUGCCAAGCUCAACAUCAACUUUAUGAAUUUUCAAAUUGGAUCCAAUAUUUUUCUGUCAUCCUCAUUUUCCCCUACAUGAAAAGGCAUCACUACCUGAUCUAUCGAUUUUUCCUUCUCAACCACAUUUUUCCCUUGGGCUGGGCCCACUUGUUAAAGAUGUCCUACAGACCGAAAAACAACCAAUUUACAAGUUCCAAAAUCUCGUUUCUGCUUUUUUCGAUCUUUAUUUUUGAUGUUUCGAAAAAAGUGAUCUCAAAAUUCAGGAUUUAUGGGAACUGUGUAAUAAUUUUGUUUUGAACUUUGGAUCGGGGAAUAUUUUUUAUUUUUGGGAAGUAGAGAUUUUGAGAAUUUUUACAACAUUUUUUAGAGAAUUUUUGAAGAUUUUACAGCAGAAAAUUGAUAAUUUAAGCUUGAAAAGUAGCUUUUUUUGGGAGAAUUCAAUAUAAACAUUUAUUUUCAGUAAUUUGAUCCAAAAAUUCUUACGCCUUUCUUGAAAAAUUUAAAAUUUUAUGCAGAUUUUUUUAUUUUUUUAAAUUAUUCAGAGAGAAUACAUUUUUUUGAAUUGGAGCUGUAAAAAAAUGAUUAUUUUGGAAAAAAAUUGGAUCAUAUUGAUCCAGCGAAAUGGCCAAAACUGGAAAAAAAGGCCAAUUUUUAAGCACUUUUUUUGAAGAUUUUUCGGACAUUUUUUUGUAGUGAAAUGUCAUUUUUUUCAUUUAUUUUUCUCUACUUUUUUGAAUUUAUCAUGUUUUUUUAUAUUUUUUUCUCAAUUUUUUAAAAAUUUUUGCUCCUUUCAUAGAAACGGGAGAACUUUAAUUUCAAAAAUCGGAUUCAAACCCAUUUUGAAUUUUUUUCUGCAUUUUUUUCCCUCAAAAAGCUUCCCUCUCUGAGUUUCUGCAAACGAAACAAUGGUGUGAAAAUAUAUAGUAGUUUUUCCCGUCUCCUUCUCGUGACAUCUUUUUGUUUCGCAUCAUUUUUUUUCUCGCUUUUGAUGGUUUCGUUUCGACCAACGAAAAGCACAAUAGACUCUCUUCUUCUUACAAUUUGAUGAUUUAUUGGUCACGUUUGCAGGGUAAAAAAUGGCAUAUUUUGCUUCAAGUAGUUCAAAAACGGUUGAAACUACUUUUUUUGAUUGAUACGUUUGUUUCUCUGACCUUUUAAGGUUUCUUCGAAGCUUAAAUAGUCUAAAUAACUUUUGCACCUCAUUGUAAUAUUUUCUACAGAAAAGGUGACGCGAGAUCAAAGUUUGAAUGGAAAAAGUGUAACAUGGAAGCAAAAAAAACUGAGAAAAGUUUUAACCUCAUUUUUAGAGUUCACAUCUGAUAUUCCGGUUUAAAUUUGUUAAAAUAACUUCUUGAAAGGAUACGUGUCUUUUUUUAGGGCUCCUUUGAAGACAUUUUGCCCUGUUUUUUUGUAGUAUUUUCUGCAGAAAAAAAUGAAAAAAAGGUCAAAGUUUGAAUGGAAAAAGUGUAACAUGGAAGCAAGCAGAAAAAAAGUUCUUACCUCAUUUUUAAGUUCACAGUUAAAAAAGAAGUUUCCGGUUUAAAAUUAAUAAAAUAACUUCUUGAAAGGAUACGUGUCUUUGGCCAGACCUUUUUAGAGCUCUUUUGAAGAUAUUUUUGGCCGACUUUUCUAGUAUUUUCUGCAGAAAAAAUGAAAUAGAUCAAAGUUUGGAUGGAAAAGUGUAACAUGGAGGCUUGCAGAAAAGAAAAUGACGUGAACAAGUUUUGAAGCUCUAAAAAAAUUGGUAAGAAACAGAAAUUUCGCGUAUAACAACUGCGAUCGGUUUUUUUUUUAUUGUAGCCUUUUUUGGAGUUUUUAAAUUUUUCAAGUUCAAAAUGUUCAACUCUCCAGAAGGCAUAGAAAUCUUGGUUGUGGUUAUCAAGUUCCAAGAAAUCAAACAUGGGCGGAAGUAGAGAUUUGGGUUUUUUUAAAGUAUUUUUUUGGGUGAAAAAUUUUUUUAUUUGACCUGGAUUCGAUAUGUGAAAAAAAUAGUUUUCAAUAAUAUUUGAGAGCAUUUUUUUGGCAAGAAAAAGAAAAAAAUUCAGAAAAAACGAGACAUUUUUCAAAAUUUGAUGGGGAGAUUUUUGAGAACCCGACUUCGGAACUGGUCAUCUUAUAAAGAUAUGGACUUUUUAAACGCAAUUAGGAUUAUUGAUUAAAACAAGCAUCCCUCAAAUCGAAAAAAAUCUGAAUUUUUUCCUUUUUUCUAGAAGACCGUAGAAGGUGAACAAGACAGUACAAAGUCCCUAUUUGUGUUGCGGGGGAAUCGAUUAGUCAUUCCCUUUUUUUUCUUCAUCAAAGUAACCUAUUGACUGUUUUUUGGCCCCUUGAAUCAUACCCUUAUUUGUCAAAUUCCGGGAGAUGUUCUGUUGAUCGGUUUUAUUUCGAAAAAAAUAAGUGUAAUUAUUUUUUUAAAUCUUAUUAUACUACAAACACGUAUAGAAUUUUAUUUUAAGCAAAAAAUUCUUUUUUUCAAGUCAACCGAUUUUAAUGCCUUUUUUGGAGAUAGUUCUGGAAUUUCAGAGUUCAUUUCAAGAAUUGAGAAAGAAAUUAAAAAGUUCCCAAACAAUUGAAAAAUAUGAAUUUAACUCAAAAAAAGUGUCUAGGAUUGUUCAAAAAAAUCAGUGCGAAUCCUAAAAAAAUCGAUUUUUUUCGAGAUUUUGAGCUCAUUUGAAGAUUUUAGAAGUGAAUUUGAAGUCUCAGAACUUUCGAAAAUCUUGAACUUAACUCAAAUCAAAACAUAUAUCAAUUUUUAGUGAUUCAAAUAUUAACUAAAAAUUUUCUGAAAAAGUCAAGAAAAAAAUUCUACUAUUUGAAUAAUUGUGACCCUUUAUUCACACGAAUCUCAAUAAUUGAUUCAAUUCUAAUCAACUCAAAUUCUUAUUUAUUUGUCCCUAGUUUGGCAAAAAGUGUCACACGUGUCUACGCACUUACGAGCGACACGGUUUAAUAUGAUAUUUUGCAAGUGAUAAGCAUAAUUACGUGCUGAUAAAAAGUCUAGUGGCGACUGUUCUUGCCUAUCAAACGGUACUGAAUCGAGGCUUGCGUUUCUUAGAGGAUUAUAGGCGGUUGGCGAGGAGUUCUCGUGACGUUUUGAGGCCAGAAGCUUGGAUCGAAUUGGUCUGUGGUGAUGGAAAAAGUGUUUUUAGUUUGGUCGGUGGGUAUUUUUUCUGUUUUUGGAGGUACUGGAAGGGUUAGAAGAAGCUUUUCCAGCAUUACUGAGACAAAGGAAAAGAAUAGGUUUUUAGUUUAAACUUGGAACUUUUUGAGGCCAGAAGCUUGAAUCGAAAUGGCCUGUGGUGAUGGAAAAAGUGUUUCUAGCUUGGUCGGCCGAUAUUCUCAGAAUUUUUCCGGUUUUCGAGGGUACCGUAGUGUGAAUGAAGGCUUGGAGUUCGAAAAAACUUUCUAAACGGUUUCGAAACUUUUGAGGCUUCUAGUAGUGAGAUUAAAGAAAAAAAAUCGGGUUUUAGGUGAAACUUGGGACUUUUUGAGGUCAGAAGCUUGGAUCGAGGUCUGUGGUGAUGCAAAAAGUGUUUUUGGUCGGUCGGUAUUUUCUGAAUUUUUGCGGUUUUCGAGAGGGCUGUAGUGUUAAUAAAAGCUUGGAGUUUGAAGAAGUUUUUCCAGCAUUUCCAUAAUUUUCAAGGCUUCUAAUACUGAGACAAAGGAAAAUAAUAGGUUUUUAGGUUAAACUUGGGACUUUUUGAGGUCAGUAGCUUCUCUGACCCCAGUCGCCAGCUUUCCGCCAAUCUUUCGCCAGCGCGCGCCCCGUCUUUCGCGAGCUGGCGAAAAACGCGCCAGAAAUUCGCCAGGGUUAUCUAUAGCGCGCAGAUUCCCCCUUUUUUCAAUCAUUUCCCUUCCUCCAAUAUUGUUAUUUUUAUAUACUAAAAAUAUAUUUUAUCAACUUUUAUUAUUUUCACAAAUACAAAAUUUAAUGGAAAUAAAAUCAACAUAUAAAAUCAAACAUGAAGAGAACUUGAAAAAUGAAAUUUAAGAAGGAAACGCUUGCAAAGUUUACAACUUAAUUUAAAAACAAUAUCUUUCGAUUCGAAAAAGAUCAUAAUAACAGAACAUCAAAAAAACUUUACCAAAAAAAUACAUCUUAGAAAAAAAUGUAAGCCAAAAAUCCGAAGAAAUAAAGGAAACUUGAAGCUGACUGCUCGUAAACGCAAAAAAAAUUUUUAAAAUUUAAAAAUUUUUUAAUUUUUCGAUAAUAUGCAAAGAGUUAUUUGUUGCUUCAAAAUACCAAAAAGAAGAGAGAAAUUUUGAAGCUCCAGCGCAUUUAAGAAGUGAUAUCAACGAGCAGUCAAUUUUUAAGUUUUAAAAUUAAUUUAUAGAGAAUUAAACAGAAGACUCUUAUACAAAAGUUUUUUUGAAAAGAGGAAAUUUUUUUACUCGUGAAGAAAACUUUGAGCCAUUUAUCACUUUACUUCAAAUGGCCACAAAAAGAAAGAAAAAAAUAGUGCGAAGAGAUUCUGAUUGUUCACAAUUAUGAUCAAAGCAUUACAUUUUUGUUGUGCAGUGAUACAACACGGUUCUUCAAAUUUAUCAGCCCCUUUUCAAAGCAAACUACGAAACGUAUUUUCAAGUCCGAAAAAAACUGCUUCGAAAACUCGACUCGUCAGCCGAAUUUCGCGAGCAUGACAAAUCCGAGUAAUAUUUUUGAGGCUAAAAUAUAUAAGCUGUAUUUUUUUAAAGCUGAAUUUUUUUACGACGGACACAAAAAAAUACAAUAAUUUGGGUGCAUCAAGAUAUUUUUGAGGCUCAUAAAGUUGAUGAACGUGUAAAGUUUACAAAUAUAAAAAAAACUUGAAAAUUUCGCGGACAUUUUUGCGUCGUACCCGUUCUCCGUAUUUUGGUCAAAGCAUCGUUAUCCAUUUGCAAUGAACAUCAUGACGCCGUCGGGUGAGAUCGAAAAUAUAUCGAUAAAAGUACUUUACAUGAAAUCCAAAACUUACAAGUCAGAGGAAAAAAAAACAUCCUUCAGCCGUAACGGGGACUUCCUGACGAUGCUUUUUUUCUGAAGGAAGCAGUUGAGGAAAAAAGUAGAAAGCACUUACUAAUUCAACUGGAGUCGUUCUUUCAGCCUCACGGAAAGAGAAGUUCAGCAUGAAAACAUUAAGCUUUUAGAGCGGUUGAUCAUCCAGGAAACUAAAUCCAGAAAAUAAUUCGAAUUUUCUUAUUUACCAACCUUUCAAGCUGUUGUUUUUUAAACCUGAAACCUUCCGUCGCAUCACAUUUACUGAGCUCUACACAAAUAAAACAAAGGUUUAUAUUCUAAUAAUUUUUCUGACUUUUUUUAAACUUCUUUUUCAACUAAAGUCUGGUCUUUUUGUUUCGUUUGAAGGAGGAUACGUGCCUUUGCUGCAGAACUCCAGAUGUAAAAACUAUCUUAUAAAUUUAAUUGUCCUGCAAAAAAUCGCGUUUCUUUCUUUGAACGACCUACGCAACCUACAGUUUUCUACUUCUAUACACAGCUUUUUGAAUUUUUACAAAAAAAAAAAAAAAUGAAAUCAAGAAAAAUUGCUUGUUACAUCAAAACUGCAUUGCGGCAUCGCUUUUUGCCCUAGUUUGGACAAAACAGGAAACGAACACUGAAAAAAAUCGUGAAAUCAGCAAAAAAAUCAAAUAGAAAAAAACAAAAAGACAAAAAAACGCGAGUCCCAAAAUUUUUAGAUCGAAAUAUAAAAAUACAGUAAUAAAAAAAGCAAAUUCGCGCUAUUGGUUAUGUCGCCAGAGAAUCGCCAGGAAACCGCCACAAAUUUGAUGGGCGCGAGCUCGCGAAAUGACUUUUUUUCUGGCGGAUAGCUGGCGCCUGGGGUCAGAGUUAGUUUUUUUCUAUCCUUGUUUUUAUAAAGAAGCUUAAAAGGGGAUUUUUCAUGAAUUUAAAAUUUUUUUAAAGACUUAUAAACGUAGGACAAAGACGAGUAUUGAUUUUUCGAAUCCACAAUAACGAUGAAAAUGUAAUUCUUUGAGUAAGAAUGGUGUUUUUUGUGCAAAAUAAGGCUCAGGGUAGUUCGAAAUCGUUUUUCAAACCUAUUUUCUAGAAGUUUUGAUAGUACAAAAUGUAUUAGAAAGCAAUUUUUGAAGUUUAAAGGAGGCUCUUUGGACAUUUUAGUUAGAAUAAUCGCGAUUUUUGCGUUUCUCGGCUGAAUUUCAAAGAAAAAAUGUUUGUUAUUCGGACUUUUAGAACCUUUUGAUCGGCCAGAACGCUGUUUGAUGUACUGGGCAAAGUUCUCAACUUGCAAAAAUACCUAUUUUUUGAAAGUCUAUGUCUCAGAGUUCCUGCAAAAUGUUUUGUGGUUCAGAAAAAUGGGAAGUUGGGAGAAUUGGGGAUAAUUUUUGAAAAAGGCAGAUAAACUGUAGGCGGGAAAGUGCGCCCCAUGGAGAAAAGUUGUUUUCUGUUUUUAGUAAGACAAAAAAAAUAUUCUUAAGGCUUUUUUUGCAACUUUUUUGAGCUUCAAUGACAUUUCUGAUAUUUAGAAUUUUUCUUUGGACCUGACAAGGAAGGUUCUUCCACUUUGUGCUUGAGAAUCACCUAAAAAAACCUUCAAAAUCGGCCAUUUUUGGGCUUUUAGCCCUUAUUUCUUGGAAACUAUGAAGUUGUUUUGGUUGAGACUUUCAGAGGCUUAUUCUGGUACAUCAAAGAAUGUUCUGGACAAUUUUCAAGAUUUCCCAACCUCAAAGGAAAAUUAUAUUCUUCCUGAGAGCAUCAAUUUCUGAUCCCCAAACCCUGUCCUCACUUUCUAGUCCUUCCGCCUUUUUUUCCUUCGUUCGGCUUGUUGUCCGGUCCAAGCCGACCCCUUGACGACUCGGAGGCAAAGAUCGCCGGUGCGUCACACUGGAGUUUGUCCUCGUUUUUGCUCCUUUUGGGCUCAAAAUGUGUUGUUGAUACGGGUUUUCAUGUGAUUGAUAAGUGAUGGGAGGCUUUUGGAAGCUUCUGGGUUUGACUUGGUUUGAAUAGUUUGAAGAUAGAAGUUUGUUCUGAUUUUUAGAUACCGAUUUUGAGAUGAAAUUAAGCAUCAGAUACAUCAAAUUCGUGAAGAGUACAGUACAAAAAAUUUUGAAAAGUUGAAUUCUCUCAUUUUUUUGAAGGUCCACUAGUUUUUAUGGCUUUUUGAACAUGUUUGGUCAUGAAAAUUUGGAAAUGGGAUUUUUGUAGCUUUUUCCAUUCAAAAAUAUAACAGGAAAAGUUCAGGACUUUUUGAAAAAAAUUGAGAAAUGAGGCCUUAAUAUAACAAUACGAUGCUCCAAAAGACGCUCCAGCCCGCAAAAUUCAAAUAUACCCUCUUGAGAAGUUAAAUUUUUUUAUAUUUUUUUAGAACAUUCAUUUCGAAUCUUGAACGCUAUGGUUCUGUAUCCUUCUUUAUUUGUACUGAUUACCUUUUAAACAUGUUUUCUUUUGGUUUAAAAUUUCUGCUUCUAAUGAAAGUUUCAGCUUUCUAGUUGAAGUUUCAGCUUUCAAAUAAAAACCUCCGAAUUCAAAAUUUUCCCUCGUUCCUCUUUUAUUUGACGGUGAUAACGUUCAAGUGCCUUCACGUGAUUGACAAACGAACAAAAAAGAAGAGAAAAAAAAAGAAGAGCCCUUGCCGUGUAAAUAGCCUGGGGUGUCAAGUCAAUACACACGCGAAAGAGAGUUUAGAGCACAAUUUGUCGGUCGCUCUGACGUCGAUGAAAUGUGACGCUUUUCCUGUGGUCCUUAGUGAUUGAAACAGAAACCAUGUGUUUUUGUUGCACCUUUCUUUUCUUUGUUUCUAGAUUUUGCACGUUAUUGAGGUCUUUAGAACUUUGAGGUGUUGGAAAAUUGGUCAGAGUAGGACAAAAAGUACAAAUUAUAGGAGAAAGGUUGGCGAAUUCACCUGAGAAGUAAUAGCCGCGUCUGAUUGGGCUUGUGCGCUCCGCUGAGAAAAUCAGAAAAAGUAGCCGAAAUAGGUCCAACUCGUGUGCCCUAUUGAUAAUAGGGCUUUUUUCUGGAUUUGGCACAUUUUUGAGGUAUUCAGAGGUUUCAGAUAUAGGAAAAUCGGGAUAAAUAGGACGAUUUUAUAGAUUCGAGGAGAGAGGUUGGCAAAUUCAUCUAAGAAGAAAUAGCCGCGUCUGAUUGGGCUUGUGCGCUCCGUUGAAAAAAUCAGAAAAAGUAGCCGAAAUAGGUCCAACUUGUGUGCCCUAUUGAUAAUUUCACCUCUUUCUUUUGCUCCUGGAUUUCGCACGUUAAUGAGGUCUAUAGAACUUUGAGAUGAUGGAAAAUCGGUCGAAUUAGGCCAAAAAAUACAGAUUCGAGGAGAGAGAAUAUGUCUAAUCAGUUGAGAAAAAAUAGCCGCGUCUGAUUGGGCAUGUGCGCUCUUCUGAGAAAACCAGGAAAAGUAGCCGUUUUGAGUUCAUCAGAACUUUGAGAAAAUCCGUCAUAAUAGGGAAAGUCGUGUAAAAUUAUUUGAAAAUAAUUUUUUUGAUUGAACAUGUGCGCUCUGUGGAGAACUGGAAAAAAUAUCCGUGGGGGUUGGAAUUUUGCGCUCCAAUAGAAAAUUUGAUUUUUUCUAGAUUUUAAAUAUUGUUUUCGAUUUUUAUGACCAAAUCUCAAAGGGAAAGGUUACUAGAUCAUUUUCGAAUUUUUUUCUCAUCUGAAAAUCUCUAGUUUUCUGUUAGACUAUCACUGCAGUUCCGGUUUUACGAAACGUGUAAAAAUUUGCAAAACGUGCGUAUUGACCUUCGUCUUUGGCUUCUCAGCUUGCAAACAGAAAAAUUGUUUAUUUAUUUGCAGGAGAAAAAAGUUGCACUUUUCGAUUUUUUUUUGUUUGGGUUGAGCAUUGGAACAGUGGAUAUUACAGGUUCAAGAAAUGAGAUGUUUGAGGUCUAAAAAAAACACACACACAAAAUAUACUGGGGAUAUUUUUAGCGGUCACUAUAGGGUUUGACGUUUCAGUGGCCAUUAUAGUAGUCAAAUUGGUGGCCACUUAGGGGGUUGAAAAUUAGGGGCCACUAUAGAGGUUUAAGUCCUGCUAAAAGAUCACUUAAAGGUGUAGUGGCCACUUUAGGGGUGAAUGUAUCAACAUAACUGGUCCGAUCUGUUUGUUUUAAAAUUAUCAGAGUUACUGAAAGAAAUACUGGAUGAAAAACUACUGAAGUGGCCACUAAAACGGAUAGUAUUGGCCACCUCUAUAGUGGCCACUAAACAUUUUCCCAGUAGUGAAACAUUUAUUUGAGCUCAUUUUCAUCUUUUAUGGUUUUUCGAUGCUUAAAAAAGUCUUUAUUGUUUUUCAAAAGGCUCAACUUUACCUGGAUAAAGCAGCUUGAAAAAAAAAUAGGCCAGAAGCAAAAUAAUUCAAAAAGGGCUUGAUUUGAACUUAAAAUGCUUUUUUUUGAGACUUAAGACCAUUAAAAAAAUUUUUCUAUAUAUUCAAAUAUUCCUUGAAAGUUCAACGAAACAAAAACAAAAACAAAGAUAUAACUGUACAUCUGUAUAACUACAACAAUACGACUGCCUGUAAGCAGGUUUUUUAUUCCAAAAUUAGACUACAUUGGGGGGCUUGUCACAAUCGAUUUGUGUGUACAUGUGUUAUCGACAGCUAAACAGGAAACUCAUUUGCUUUUUGUUCGAGUGUAAAAUUUGCUGUUUUUUGUGUAAUUUCUCUAGUAAAUUGAUUGAAAAUGUUGAAUUUUGGAAACAAAUAGCCGUCAUGCGCUCCACUGAUAAUCGAAUUUGGCGUCUGUCAAGUUUUUUUUUUGAACUUUGAAAGUUGAAAAGUAGAAUCGAGAAGAAUUUUAAAGCUUGAAAAGUCGGUUUUUCGUACUAUUUAGCGAUGGGGCGCACAAAACUCGGAGCUAUUUUUCAAAUUUUUUCAAAAUCGGAAAGUUUUUUUCAUUAUUUUUUUGCAGAGGAUUUUUAAUGUAAUUUCUGUAGUAAAUUGAUUGAAAAAGGUUGAAUUUUGGAAACAAAUAGCCGUCAUGCGCUCCACUGAUAAUCGAAUUUGGCGUCUGUCAAGUUUUUGAACUUUGGAAGUUGAAAAAAAUAGGAUCGAGUAGAAUUUUUGGAGCUCAGGAAGUCGAUUUUGUAGGAUUUGAUUAGCAAUGGGGCGCACAAAGCCUUGAUGUUUUUCAAAAAUCAUCUCUACUAGAUUUUUUUCGUGUUUUUUUAUUGAACUUAUUAGCGAUGGGGCGCACAAAACUCUCGUAGCUAUUUUUGGAAAAUUUUUAGCAGUAUAUUUUUUUGGGAUUUUUCUGGGGAGUUUUCAAUCUUCAAAUAGGUUUUUCAGAUUUCGGAUAAUCGAAAAAAAUUUUUUUAAAAGUCUUUUUUUCUUUUUCCAAAAAUGAAAUUUCUUUGGAAUGAUUAGCGUUGGAGCGCAAAAAGAUCCAGAAAUUUGAGCUUAUUUUGACGCGGAAUUUUUUUGAGGUAAAAAAACUGGAUUAAAGUUUUUUUAUCUUGAAAAAUCUACUGAAGCUUUACGUCUGAAUUUGAGCCAUGUAAGAUUUUUGGAAAAAGCCGGUGGCGAGCCAUUUUUGAAGCUUUUAGGCAAGCGAUUCUAUCCUUUUUUAUAGAAAAAUAAAUAUUCUGAUCCAAAAAAUGGGCUUUUGACUUCAAGCGUGGUUACUUCUACUUACUUUCUUAAAAAAAAUGAGCCAAAAGUUAAGCUUUUUUCAAUUAUCAACACCUUCGAAAGGCUGUUUCCCACAUUGCGCUGAGCUAUUUUUACUGCGGCUAUUUUUGCCGCAGUUCAAUCACCCCUAAAGACUGUGACCGAUCAUGAUCGCUCAUUCUGGCUGCAGAAGAUCGUUAGGACCUCCAGAAUAACGACGCGCCUGCACUUGCCGGUUUCCCGUGCACCUGCAGGUUUCGUCCGGCCUGCCUGCCCUCUUUUUCUUGGUCCCAUCUUCUCGGUACCACAUUAGGGACGAGGCAAAAACGGAAAAAUGAAUGCUUGGGAGAGAGGAAAGAGUGAUCUUUCUUGGUCAGUGUCGUCAUCGGUUCGAUCUUGGCGUCCUCCCCCGCGCAAUCUGCAAAAAUCGCCUCUUUUUUUGGGCCCUACAGUAACCCGUGUAGUUGCUCGAUGGAGCGAUUUUGAUGAACCUUGGGUGUGGUUUUGGAGAAAUUUUAACCGGAGUUUUUUUUUUGAUCGGAAGUUGGAAUGUUCUGGAAAGAACACGAUAGUUUAAAGAUAAUUUUUUUUAGUGGUCGCUUUAGGGGUUUGCGGAUUUUUGAACUUUUCAACAGCGGAUUUUAUGCAAUAAGGGCUCUUAUAAGCUUCAUCUGGACCAUUUUUUAGGUUCUAAAGCUUAUUUUUCAACUUUCAAGCAAGAAAGAAGACUAUCUUUAGUGGAAAAUUGAGAUUUAUUAUAUUAAUUUUUUUCAGCUUAAAAUUGCGUUUUAUAUCUAUUUUUUUACAUCAUAAAUUGAAAUUUUGAAUUUUUUUGAAGCAAAAACAGAACAGUCCAGUAAUGGAUUUGAUUCCAGAAACUUGAAUUUUAAAACGAUUUUUCCUACGUAAAUUUUAGAUUUUUUUCAUCCAUUUUCUUUUUUUAACGGAUCAAGAAGAUCUUUUGCGUUAUAAAAAUUUUUCUUAAUAAUAAUGAUUUAUUUCAUUCACAAAAAGUAACAUUAGUUACAAGUUCUUGAUCUCAAAAAAAUCGAAAAUAAGACUUUACCCCCACAAGUAAAAAGCUUGACGUUCUUUUUUAUGACGAAUCCUCGAAAAAACCCCUUUCCAACUAGUUUGACUUGUCUUUUUCCUCUCAUCAGCUUCACUGUAGAGACCAAUGAGCAAUGCAAUUUGUGGACAUAAUUUGAUACUCUAGCUGCCGACCUUCAAAAGUUGUUUUUCCCAAUCAAAUUUUCGAUAUGAAUGAUUAGAAAUCGGAAAGUAUUAGGUAGACCGGUUCAUAAGUGCAAAAAAGGGCCGAUAAUUUUUGGAGAGGCCCUGUUUAAUUAAGAAGGGCAAACGGCGGCCUCUGGAAUUUCCCGUCGGCGGCUGGAAGGUCGUCCCAGGCGGUUCGACCUCGGAUUUUUUCUUUUUCGGUUUGGAGAAACUACAUAUUUUGAACUGGUUCUGUGGGUUUUGGGAGCGGUGGGAAUGGUUAAUAGAAUUGAGGAAAAAACGGGGGAAAAUAGCCAAGUUUUUAUUCAGCUAGUUUGCUCCAUGGCGAAAUUUGGAAAAAUUUGAAGAAAAUUUGAAAAUGGGGCUGAAAAAAAGGGCAUUUUUGGCCUAAUGAGAUCAAAAUAAACAAAGAAAAAUUAUUUUUCCAUCGCUAAUUUUUCAUUGAAAAAGGUUCAACAAGCUGAGACUGAGAAGUUGAGAAAAAUGGCCGCUGUGAGCCAAACAUAUGCGCUCUAUAGAUAAAUUUCGAAAAAAACAAUUUUUUUGAACCUAAUCAUAAUUUUUUUAAAAGAGUAGUUCAUUUCUAUUUCUAUUUUGAGAUUUUUAAACUUUUUUUCAAUUUCGAAUUACCUGAUUUUUUUCCAUGUUCAUAAAGUUAUAAAAAAAGCCGCUCAGAUUCUAAAAAGAAAUGUUGAGAAGAAAUGGCCGCUGUGAACCAAACAUAUGCGCUCUACGGAUAAAUUUUUAAAAAGGCAAUUUUUUUGAACCUAGUGAUAAUUUUUCUAAAGAGUAGCCCCAAUUUAAAUUUGAGAUUUUUUAAAUUAUUGAUAAUCCCUAUUUUUCUUAACUUUCAAAAGAUUCUACACAAGAUAAUCAAAAAAAUCCAAAAUUUAUUUGUUGUUGAUUGUUUGUUGGAUGGUCCUGUUAAUUACAUUACACUUGAAUGCGUGUUUUUCAACCCUUUUUUGUUGUCCCCAUUAGUUAUAUGAAGUUGGAAAAAUUGACUGAAAAAUAAACAACAAUCCCCUCAGUUGAUCGAGACCACGGCGACGGCGGCCAAAAGCAGUUUUUAAAAGUCGAGAACGACUUGUAUGCGUCUGAUUGAGAGAAGUGUAAUAGAUCAUCGACUUUUGCUUCGUCUCGAAUAGGAUAAAGUAUUGUCGAGAUAGAAAUUGCCUCAGUAACGAAAACCGGACGCGCCCCGGACGUUCCUGAGCACUUCUAGGGAUCACUUAAGAGUGCUGAAGCUACUAAAGUGGUCACUAGAAAUGCUCCAAUAUGUCCGGGGGUCGUCCGGUUUCCGUUACCUAGGUUCUAGGGAUAAUGGUGGUUUCUCAUUGGAGCGCGUUUUCUAAGAGAAAAUAGCCACGAUCUGGAAAAAGUUUAAAAAAAAAGUAGUUCUACGUCUCUAAAGAGCACAUCAAAAGCUAAGCAAAACAGUAAACUCGCAAAAAUUUAAAGAAAAACGGAACUUUUAGGACAGCUUGAGCGCAUUCAUGGGAAGAAAAGAAUGGCUAUUUUUACAUGGAAAGUGUGCCCCAAUGAGAAACCGUUAAAAAAAAAGCGUUUCCUUCAAUUUAUAGUUCCAAAAGUCUUAGGAAUGGAUUUUUCUAAGUUUUUACUGUAGAUAGCUCAAUUUUCAGUCAAUCUGCGCUCCAAGGACAAUUUCUCAUAAAAUUAGAAUUCUCAAUUGACUUUGACAGUUUUCACCACCUUUUUUAAUUUCUCAGUCCCAUAGAGCAAAUUUUCCUUGAUAGACCUUCAUUUUUUUAUAUUUUUUUCAAGUACCUUCCCUUAUCUCUGCCAAUUUUGGCUCUUUGAAACGGAACCGGCAUUAUUUUUCAUUAUUUUCGAGUGUAAUAAUAUUUUUUUCAAUCGUUAGACGUCACCUUGAAUCAAUCGGAAGUUCCGAUUUUCUUUCUUUAUCAAUCAAAAGUUUGAUAACUUUUUUCUAAACCCCUCUUUUUCGAAAAAACUAGGGGGAUCUUUGACUUGCGUGGGCUUUAUUUUGACUCUGUUAUUUCAAUCUUUCAAAGAAAGGCUUUUGAUUCAACGAAAAGAGGAAAUUGGUUUAUAAUUGGACGAUGCGAUUAGGUGGAAAAAAAAAACUAGACGAUAAAAAGAGAACGAAUCACGUGGGCGGCCACACAGGUGAAAACGGCGUUCACAUGGGAAAAAAAGAGAAAAAUCGGCUUUUGGGACAAAUUGUGCACUGGGAAUGGAAAAAAAUUUUUUUCAGUUUUAAAACUACAAACUACGUCAAAAGUACUGAACUUCAUCAUUUUCUAACCAUCAAUUAUGACCUGAAAAAAUUAUUUUUCCACUUGCCCUUAAAGUCUACAACGAUUAGGACCCCAAACAAAAAGUUUCCCCAAAGUUCUCCCAAUAAAUCAUUGUUUUUCACAAAGUUUGCCGACUUUUCAAGGUCCAAAAAUGAUAAGAAAAUUUUGCUUCCCUACCGUAAUCUUGUACUGUAACUGCAAGAUUCAUCAAAGUAUUACAGAAAAAACGAAAAAUAAUAAUAAAAGUAGUCAGAAAAGAAGAACGCCUCGGUGGUCAGACCAAAACAAAGAAACAACAAAGCAUAUGACCAUUGGACACUUUUUACUUCAUUAUUUGGUUUUUCGACUUGUUACAGUAUGCGUUUCUGCAAGAUACUACGGUAGGAAAAAAUAUUUAUUGUCAAUUUCAGGCCUUGAGAGGCUAUUUACCAGCAAAAUCGAGAAAAAACAUUAUUUGGAGAAAAAAAUUUUUAUGCGUUUUAAUUCAUUUCUAUGAGAGCUGUAUGCAAUGAAAAAAUAAGAAAAUGUAAAAAAAUGGCCUGGAAAAUGGAGAUAAUAGGGAAAUUGCGCUCCAUGGACGAUUGGGCAAAAUUUCAAAAAAAAAUAUUUUGCAAAAAGAAAAUAUUCAAAAAUUAAUGUUUGUGUUGUAAAUGAUUUCUACGAAAACUAAAAGCAAAUAAAAAUGAGAAUGAAAAAAAUGGCCUGAAAAAAAUGGAGAAAAAGGGGAAAUUGCGCUCCAUGGACAAAUCGUCAUAAUUUCUAUGAGAAAAAAACUUUUUGCAAAAAAAUUUUUUCAAAUGAGACUUUUUCGGAAGAUUUUUCGCUUUUUAGAAAAAUAAAUGUUUUUCCUUAUAUAUUUCAAUUUUUUCCAAGCUUUAUCUCUCAGAAAAAAAUCAAUUUUGAUCGAUAAAUGUACAUAAAUCCGCAUUGAAAUACACAUUUUUCAAGUUGAAAUGAAAUCGAAACAAGAAAAAGUUUGUAUUGGGGUGAUUCCACCUUGUGAUAACUAGAUAACUGUUGAAAAGUAACGUGAUUCGGUGAUUUAUUGCUCUAUUUAUCGAGUUCUUUGGCUACAAAUCAUCUGAACAAGGAGAAUUUGUUCCCAGCUUUUUCUCUUUGGAAAGUGGAAUUUUUUCGUCCAGGGAAGAAUUUGAAACACCAAACAUGGAGGGUUGAUCUCCCCCGACGUGAAAGAUCAAAUUGUUUUGAUGAGAGAAAAAGGAAGAACUUUGGGUUCGAAACCAUUGGGCAAAGUCGUCACACGGUUUAUUUACCGAAAAUUGCCAGAAAAACAGGCAACAAAUCUCAAGAAUUACGCAACGUUUUCGAUUUUUGUUUAUUUUGGUAGAUGAGGAAGGAACUUGGGGAAGCGGAGAUUCAUCAGGUUGUGUUGGGAUUUCACAAUGAGGAAGGAAUUUUGGACUUUUCGAAUAUUUUUCCAGUGAGUAUCAUGGUAUUAUGGGUGGAUGUGAGCAUUCAAAGGAUGAUUUUUGAUUUUUGUAAGGUUAUUUUGAGAAAAAUGAGGAAUUAGGUGAAAUUUUGAGUUUUUUUUAAUCUUCAUAUAAAAUUUAGAAGCUGAAAAAAUGGUUUUUUGAUCGUUUUCUGAACUAGAAUUUGAAAAAAGGCGUUUUUUUAACAUUUCACAAACAUUUUUUUGGGCAAUUUAUAACCUGAAAAAGAAAAAAAUUUCUUGUGGUUCUAAAAAAUAUUUAGUCCUCAAAAAGCUUGUUUUAUGAAACCUCAAAGCUUUCAAUUCUAGCUUCGAAAAAUAAGAAAAUAAAGAUUUUUGUAUUAAUUUUUUUAUUCGAUGAAAAUCUUAGAACUGAGCUUUUUGCCAGAAAAUUUUAUCAUCCGCGAAAAAUUCUGUAUCGUCUGCGCUCUCUCUUCCCUCCAUUUCUCAUGGAAAAGAAAAAUGAUCCCUUGAAAAUUUGAAAUUUCUAUUUUAUAGUGCUAAAUUAUGACUAUUUUCAAGAAAAAAAUAGGUUUUGACAUCUCGAGCUUUUUGAAGCUUUCUGAAUGUAUUUUUUUAAAAUCGACGGAUUUUUAUUAAAAAUGAUAUUUUCGACGAAUUUUCAUUUUAAAAAUGAUAUUUUUCGACGAAUUUUUCAUUAAAAAAAUAAAUAUUUUCCAGGCGAAGAAGACUCGCUGAACUCCCCGUCGGCACGUCUGGUCGUCGGAAGCCUUUCCCGCGGCGGAACCGGCUGUUUCGACCUUUCUGAUCGACCCGACGAUCAAGUCUGA